GAAUAGUCCCCAGAUUCUAAAUAUUUUCUUGAGCUCACUUUGCACAGUGCAAUAUAGCAAAGAAGGCAUUUCCACAAACCAUCUUGGCUGUGAGUCCUGGAACUGCUCCCUGCCUUGCAGGCCUUUCCCCACCUGGCCUGCGUAUCCUCAAACCCACUGAGGUGAAAAACCUGGGGAUGCAUCUUCCAUGUCACAUGACCCGUGUGAGAUCGUGUCUCUGAAAAAAAAAAUCAGGUCAAGAUUGCAGCUCAGGAUCAAUGUCAAAUGGGCACUGUACUCACAUACAAAAUAAAGGGAUGUUCCUGGUUUUCAGGACACUUGAGGGAUGUGGGCCUAGGAGGGUGGAGCCCUGAGUGACUCUUGCUACAAAAAGCUGAGGCUGCUGAAAAGACCUUAGGGCUUGGGGUAUUGUUUAUGGGGUUUGUUGGGGGGGGGGUUGUUAUUUAUAUUAAUUUUUUGUAUCUUUAUUUUAUAUUUUAUGAUUUAUGUGGCAAUGGUUCUGUUUGGUUGUGUACUUUUUGAUGUUUUAUUUAUUGUUUAUGACUACUUUUAUUAUGUUUGUAAUUAUGUAUUUUUCAUGUUGUAUGGCACCUUCAGCAUGGUUUUAACUUUGGAAAGGUGGCACACAAAUAAGAUGAUUGAUUGAUAUGCAGGAUGCAGCCCAUGUGUAGUUAGCAUGUCUGCCAGUCCCAUGUCUGGGGUUGUGGUGAUAUUUCCAGUCACUGUACAUAUGCCGAGAAAGCUGUGGCCAGUGAUCACUUCUCAGAGGAUGUAUCCCCCGAAGAAAAAGCCCAUGUAUGCAGUCAUCGUUAUAAGAUUCUGAACAUGUGUGAAGCACUUUUUGGCUAUAUGCAAUUGCCCUCUGUGUAGGAAUUUUUAAAAACAUGUUUAAGCAGCACCUGAGGAAUAUAUUUUUUUAAGUGAGGAUAAGCAACUGCUCUCAUUUUGCAUCUUUCUUGUUGGAGUUAAAUGGUUUGAGAAGAUUUAACUAUUUUAUAGGCUGACCCACAAAAUCCUUAAAUUAUACUCAGUUCAAAUAAGUGAUUUCUUCUGGAUAUAGAAAUCCCUGAAUUUCCCACAGCAGACCGGCUGCUCAAUUCCUUUGUUGUUUACCCAUAACUUUUCUCCCAGUAUCCCAAAUCACAAUAUUCUUUUCCAUUUUUAAUGAACUAUUAAAUGUCAAUAUUAAGAGCUGGAAUAACUUGCACAACAUGCUCUAUUGUUUCCUACAACACACUAAUUUCCUCCAUUUGUCAUAAAUUAAUACCCUUUUGAAAAUUAUAAUCUCCUGUAAGCAUUUUCUUAUGAGCUUUUACAGAAAUAAAUUUCCCGCUCACUAUGGUCUGCAAUAUUUCCCAGUUCCCAGUGCGUAUUGUGACUCAUAUUCUCAGUUAUGUUACAUCUCAAUAACGUAACUUCAUAAUCUCUCUUAGCCACAACAUGCCUUCCUCCCAACAACAUAGUAUCCACACUUCAGAUACUAGAUUUAUAUUUAUUUCCUAAUGUAGGAACUACUCCCACAGAGGCAUGAUCAGAAGGAAAUCAUUAGCAGUGCACAAGUCUCUUUCUCAAUUGCAGUAAAAAGUAAUCUAUUCUAGCCUAGUACAGUGGUACCUCGGGUUACAUACGCUUCAGGUUACAGACUCUGCUAACCCAGAAAUAGUACCUCAGGUUAAGAACUUUGCUUCAGGAUGAGAACAAAAAUCAUGCUCCGGUGGUGGCGCGGCAGCAGCAGGAGGCCCCAUUAGCUAAAGUGGUGCUUCAGGUUAAGAACAGUUUCAGGUUAAGAACAGAUCUCCGGAACAAAUUAAGUACUUAACCCAAGGUUGUUGUUGUUUAGUCGUGCCGAGCAGGGCACCCAAGAUGGACAGGUCAUAGUGGAGAGUUUUGACCAAACGUGAUCCACCUGGAGGAGGAACCGGCAAGCCACUCCAGUAUCCCUGCCAAGAAAACUCCAUGGACAAAGGCAACAGGCAUAUAACCUGAGGUACCACUGUAAUUUUGUAAAUAUAAAUAAAAUAUGCAAAACUUCUCAAUAGGUUGUAACAUGCACCAAAUUUCUAUUAAUCCCUCUGCCUCUAAAUUCAUCUGAAGGAAUGUUUGUUUCUAACUUGCCUUUGGACCUACCAAAGGUUUAUUUAUUUCUAUAACAGCAUUGAAAUUAUAGUUGCUAACUUAGAUAGCUUAGAAGGGAAUUACUGAAAUUGAGGAUAGGUAUAUCAGUAGCUAUUAAACAUGAUGACUAAUACAGUGGUACCUUGGGAUGCGAACGGGAUCCUUUCCAGAGCCCCGUUCGCAUCCCGAAGUGAACGUAACCCGUGUCUGUGCGUCUGCGCGUGCAUGGAUCGUGUUUCGGCGCUUCUGCGCAUGCGCGUGACAUCAUUUUGAGUGUCUGCGCAUGUGUGCGCGGCGAAACCCGCGGAGCACAACCCAAAAAUAUUCAUCCCGAAGCGUAUUUAUCCUGAGGUAUUAGGUAUGUAGUGCAGUUCUAAGGCAUAGUAAUAGCCUGCAAGAAAGCCCUGAAAUGGGGUGUUUGAGGCUAGGGACCUGCUGGAUCCAAAGUGUGGAUUCUCUUAAGAGACCCAAUCCUUGGGCUCUGGGGAAUGUGCCAGCCUUGAGUUGUUGGAACAAAAAAAAGUCUCCCCGCCCCCAUUUCCUCCCUUAGCAACACAAGCCCUGGGGCUUGGGAGGCAGUUCUGGUUCUGUAGCUCUAUUCUGCCCCACAGUUCCCCAGCUGGUAUUUAGGAUUAUUACACCUGUGAAAUUUCCAUGCCCUAUAAGUAGUUCGCUGCAGAAUAUUAGUUGUCAGUGGGCAGGUGCAGCAACUCUAGGGAGCCAAGGUGUCUUUGGCCCCCUCAGUAUUUGUUGGAAAUGGGUCUGGCCCCCUCAGUGUUGAGGGGGCCUGACAUGUGCUGUUACGGGCGUUGCACAUUGCACAUCGCAGCUUCAGCGGCUGGCUCCUCCAGACAAUGUGUCACGCGUGCAAUGUGCGCUGAGCCCUCUCAAUCUUGGGUGCAAUGGCGCCUCUGCCAGUGGGUGUGGGAGUAACAGCAGGUGAGGGGGGUUCUUAUUAUAUUCUCCAUCUAGUGCCAUCACUUCUGUCCGAUAAUGUCAGACUAAAUAUUGCCCUUCUUUGAAAUGGCCUAGUGUCUUACAUAAAGGACAAAUAUCUUUUGGAGGAUUAACAUUAGGAAAAAGUUCAGAUUAAAGAAAAAUCAAUAACGUUAUACAACUGAAGCUGUGUAGCAACACUUCAAAGGCUAAGGCCAAUAAGCUCCUGGCCACCAACUAAUUCAUUGCAUUUUCUGACAAGAAGGUACAAUUCUUAAUAAUUAUGAAAACACAUGAAGAGAGAGGAAGGCAAGGAGAGAGGUCGAGGGAGGGGGAGGGGAGAGAGAAAUUCUGUGAGUAUUUUAUGACAACCUCCCAAAACCUCAGACGCAACACAGACGCCUAUUAAUUUAUUCCUUUGCGUGGCCUGAGAGUGCUGACCUCCUAUCUAAUCCUGCCCUUCAGGGUUCUUCAUUUCCAGCACUGCUCAACCCAGUCAGGCCUGUUUAACAAUUCCUUUUCUGAAUUAGGCUCUUUGAAGAGGCCCACUUUCUGUUCAGUGACAUGAAAGAGAUACUGAUGCUGAUUAUCAAAGGCAUGUGCUCUAAACCACCAAGCGUCUAAUGCCCUGGGGAGGUAAUAUUAUCUCUGCCUUUGGAUUUUACAUCCUCCCAUUGCAAAGAAAUUGGUUGUUAACUUGUAGCUCUUCUCUGUAACCCCUUUCUCUCCCCUCCUUCUUCAAACCUCUUUCCUUGCUAAUUUUUCACGAGAUAUUAAUCUGAAAGUAAAUGAAUUAAUCGUUUAAGCAGGUAGGUCACACUAAGGCAGCAUGUUAUUUUUAAUUCAAUGCGCUAGGACUUUGAGAUGAGUUGUACCAGAGUGCUUAUGAGUGCUAAAUCAUAGAAACACAGAAUUGUAGAGUUGGAAAGGGACACUGAGGGUCAUCUAGUCAAACCUCUUUCCAUGCAGGAAUCUCAACUAAAGCUUAUAUAGCAGAUGGUCAUCCAAACUCUGCUUAAAAACCUCCAAGGAAGGAGAUUCUACCACCUCCUCAAGGAGACUGUUCCACUUUUGUACAGCUCUUACUGUCAAAAGUUAUUCCAGAUGUUUGGUUGGAAUCUCUUUUCUUGGAACUUGAAGCCAUUGGUUUGAGUCCUAGUCUCUGGAGCAGGAGAAAACAAGCUGGCUCCAUCUUCCAUGUGACAGUCCUUGAGAUAUUUGGAGAUGACCUACCAUGUCCCGUCUCUAUUUCCUCUUUUCCAGGCUAAACAUACCCAACUCCCUCAACUGUUCUUCAUAAGGCUUGGUUUCCAGACCCUUGGUUUCCAGGCUACCUUUGAAGCCUGGAGAGCAAGAGGGGUCGGUGCGCACCAACUCCUCUCGCUCUUCAGGCUUCAGCGAAGGCAACGCGAAGCCUCCAGAGCGCGGCAGGAGUUCCUGCUGCGCUCCGGAGGCUUCAGGUUCCUUUCGCUGAAGCCAGGCUUCAGGCGGCUAUCUUUGAAGCCUGGAGAAUGAGAGGGGUUGGUGUGCACCGACCCCUCUCGCUCUCCAGGCUUCAGCGAAAGCAACGCGAAGCCUCUGGAGUGCGGUGGGAGCGCUUUGGAGGCUUCGCGUCGCUAUCGCUGAAGCCAAGGAGUCUGCAUUCACUCCAUAAGACGCACACACAUUUCCCCUUAAUUUUUGGAGGGGAAGAUGUGUGUCUUAUAGAGCGAAAAAUACGGUACUUUUGGAAAAGCAAAUUCUGUAAGUAGGUAUGAAGACGCGUAAGUAACUUGGGCCAUGGGGAGUGGGAGGCAAUAAAGUAUAAAAGGGACACUGAGUCAUAAAGAAGUUUAGAUUUUCACCAGUGUUUAGAUAAUUAAGUUAUUCUAGGUAAACCAAUCAGAUUGUAAGCUAUUCUGAUAAAACUGCUCAGGCGUGAGGUGGCUUUAUUAUAUUUUAUUGAUUGAUUUUACUGUAUUGUUUUGUAUUAUUUUUAUUUCAAUAUGACCCCUGCUCCUCGAGAUCACUUGUAAUAAAGGGCAGGAUAGAAACCAAAUAAAUAAUUACCGAUUACAAGGCUACAGUGGUGCCUCGCAAGACGAAAUUAAUCCGUUCCGCGAGAGUCUUCGUCUAGCGGUUUUUUCGUCUUGCGAAGCAAGCCCAUUGACGGAUUAGCGCUAUUAGCGCUAUUAGCGGUUUAGCGGCUAUUAAAGGCUUAAAGGCUUAGGGGAUUAGCUGCUAAAAGGCUAUUAAAGGCUAUUAAAGGCUUAGCAGAUUAGAUAAAGGGGAAAAGCGAAAAAAAUCUCAAGACUCGCAAGACAUUUUCGUCUUGCGAAGCAAGCCCAUAGGGGAAUUCGUCCUGCGAAGCAACUCCAAAACGGAAAACCCUUUCGUCUAGCGGUUUUUCCGUCUUGCGAGGCAUUCAUCUUGCGGGGCACCACUGUAGUUGAUAGGAUCUAUGGGGAUCAAAUCCAGAUCUCCAAGUUCAAAAACAAUUGUCAUACCAAGUUGGCAAACCUUUAUGGUUAAGUAGCACAUGACACACUCAAGGGGAGGCAGUUGCCACGGAGUGGGGUGGGGGGAGAUGAACUAUUUUGUUCAGAUUCUGAGAUUCAAUUUCUGUCAUCCCCAAAUAGUGACAAUCACCUGAGAUUGGAAUCUGUACUUACAGAGGUAUGUGGGUAGGCAAUGCCUCACAAACCUCUUGUAGCCUCCAAAGCAAUAUGGUAUGAUUAUCUGAAGCCUCUUUUCAGAGUCCAGUUAUUCAUCAUUUUUUGGGUGUGGGUGUAUUAAGAUUCUGUUUCACAUGGUUGUAAAAAAUAGCUAUGUAAAAUGCAAUUUGAUAAGAUGUCUGCCUUAAUGUCUGCCCUGAGAAGUUCCCUAAGAAGGUUAAGAUGCUGAGGUAUGUUGCAUGAGUAGUUUCCUUCUUAUUUGCUUACAACAUGUUUUAUUACUUACCCACUAUUUUCUAAUAUUACUUAGCCAAAAAUACAUUUUCUUUUUCUUCAGCAAAAUGUGCAUUCUUCCCUUAUCAGGGCCAUAUGGGAGCCCAGAUUAAUGUUGGAUUGUUUUACACAAAGUUAUUUUGAAGAAUUGGCAUACAGAAUAUUCAUCUGAAAUAUGUCAAAAAUCUCUUUUAGCAAAUGUAUAGUUCAAAAUUGGGCCACAUGGAACUUUACCAAAAGAGGUGUAUCUGGGCACUAGUUAAGCAACUAGACAGAAAACUGAGAUUUAGCCAGAAAGUCUGAAAAGAAAACCUUAAAGUAGGAAUAGAAAACUUUCAGAUGCUAAUAUAUUUUAUUUAUUUUACUAAUUGCACAUUUGGGCACCCAGUGCUAGUACACUGCAUAUAUAGUGUUUGUGUGCAGUGCCUAUGGUUGUGGACACAGAGAAACACCCUAUUCCCGCCUCUCCCCAUAUGAACUGACCUGGAACCUGCAAUCAUAAUCUGAGGCUCUUCUUGGUGUGCCUCCUCUACAAGAGGUCUGGAGGGUGGCAACACGAGAAUGGGCCUUUUCUGUGGUGGCUCCCCAUUUGUAGAAUGCUCUCCCCAGGGAUGCUUGUCUGGCAGCUUCAUUACAUAUAUUUAGGUGCCAGGUGAAAACGUUUCUCUUCAACCAGGCGUUCAGCUGAUUAACUUUCUAUGAUUUUUUAAAUGUGUUUGUGGAAGAAGGGUUAUUGGCUUGUUUUUGUUUUAUUAUGUAUUUUGUACUCUUAUUUUGUAUUUUUCUGUUGUGAAGCGCCAUGGGAUCUUCGGAUGAAGGAUGGUAUACAAAUCAUAAUAAUUAUGGAUUUGGAGUACAGUGUGAAUUCCUUUUGAAAUCUGUGGGAGUUCAGUACUGUCUUUUAGUUCAAUAAGCUAUGGUCUGGUGCAGGGCAGCCAAAACCUGUGGUCCUCCUAAUGCUGUUGGACCAGAAUGUAAUAUGGACCACAGAUAUCUUGUACUCCGACUUGCACAAAACACAAAACUGAUAUAUAGGAAGCAGACUGUUCACAUUAAACAACAGUAUGGAUGAACCCUUCCUUACCAACAGCCACUCUCUCUGUCACUUCCCAUGGUCAGUUGUCUAUCUACACUGGGCAUCAGUUUCCUACCAAUUACUGUACUACUUCCUUUCUUUGGUUGCUGGCCUAACCUGACCACCAGCUUAUAUAUUCCUGUGUCAUAUACAUCCAUUUGGAUUCCUGCCCCAGGCUGGUUGUUGACCUACAGCGCAUAUAUAGAGAGAGUGGUUCCUCGGGUUAAGUACUUAAUUCGUUCCGGAGGUCCGUACUUAACCUGAAACUGUUCUUAACCUGAAGCACCACUUUAGCUAAUGGGGCCUCCUGCUGCCGCCGUGCCACCGGAGCACGAUUUCUGUUCUCAUCCUGAAGCAAAGUUCUUAACCCGAGGUACUAUUUCUGGGUUAGUGGAGUCUGUAACCUGAAGUGUAUGUAACCUGAAGCGUAUGUAACAUGAGGUACCACUGUGUGUGUGUGUUUGUGUAUGAACAUGUAGAUUCUACAGGUACACAUUUAUCAAAAUUCCAGCUAUAAUCACACAGCUGCAGCUGUAUGCACAAUCAUUAAGAUAACAUCUGAUCCAGCUGUUUUGCUGUGGUGGCUUUGAAGCUGCAUAGCCUGUUGGCCUUCUGGAGGCAAUAAAACAUCAUUUAUUUGUGAUUAGCUGCAUCCUGCCUGAAGUCAUACAUUUCUUGUAGCAGCAAUAUAGUAGCGAGAGGUUACACACAAUAACAGUGUGUCUGUCUAUUGUGCCUAAGAUGCCCCAAGUAUACAGAUGAAACACAUUGGUGGCCUAAACCAUGUGUCCAGUACGCUUGAAAGACUCUAAUUAUGGCAUAGACAGAAAGCAAAGCUUCAGCUUUUACCAAAGCAUAGUAACAUGCUCCUAUGUUGGUUUUUUUAAAAAAAUAAAAAUGCUAGAAUUAGCAUCCUUUCCAGACCAAUGACUGUGUGAAAAGGGGAGAUCAGGAUUAAGUCUUCUGCCAUCCUUCUCGACUGCCACACUUUUAGCUCAAUGUCCAACGAAACUGAAUCACCUCAAGGUUGGUAUAUCUCUUAUUUAGCUAUGGCAAUGAUUACUAUUACUUCCUGCCCCACAAAAAAAAUUGAGUGUGGUGAGAUGUUGGAUCAGGAUGGUUUGAUAAUAAUAAUGAUCAUCAUCAUCCACUUUUGGGGUCAUAGGUUACACUUGCAAGUGCCGGUAAACAUAUUAAGUGAGUUAAAAGUGAUUACAAGAUCCAUAUAUUCAUGCAUGGGUAAUGAAAUGAUGAAAGGAGCUUGUUUCCAGUCAAGCAACCAAAGAAAGUCACCUCUCACCUUUACUUCUGAUGUCUCAUGAUUGCUUGUGCUGGAGGAGUUCGCGAUUUAUUUAUUUUUUACGUCUUUGUUAAAAUUCACUAGCAUUUUAGUGUGCAUUUUUCCUAAUACGCACCAUUAUUUGCAUGCAAUUUUUUUGCCUAGUAUGCACAUUUUUGCAAGCAAUUAGAAUGCAUUUUUGGUUGCCGUUUUCACUAUCAUGUGUAUUUUAAUGCAGCCUUUUAUCUAAAAUAUGCCUUUUCGUACACAAUAUUUUGGGCUGGAGAACUGCAUUGCGAAAGUGUGAAUUUCAAAGAUAGCUUCAAUUCAAGUAUCAUUUCAAGAAGUGCAAAUUAGGUAGCUUUGCAUUAAAAUAUGAACUGAACCAAUUUCACCCACAUCUCUAUACCUUUUCCUGUCUGUGUGAUGACUUUAUGUAUUUAGUUGUACAUAAAAAGGCUUUAUUGGUACAUGUAGCACCUUGCUUGAAGGCUAUGGGGCAGGAUCACUCAACACAUCCUUGUACCCAUGUUCUAUAAGACUGGAGUGAUAAUGUCUGAUACUCCAUUAAAAAUCAUAUACUUCAUAAAACAACAUUUUCAAAAAAAUUCACUAGCUGCAAAAUGUGUACAUUUUUAUUCAUCUGUUUUAGAACCUGUCCUUUGAGCAUAAUUAGAUGAAUGGAGAUAAUAAUAAUAAUAAUAAUAAUAAUAAUAAUAAUAUCAAAUCAGUCUGUUUUCUUCAUACAAACAGUCUUGGCUAGUUUCUUUGCCAGCUGUUUUUGAAAGCCUGUGUUUUUGAAAACUAUGUAUUAACAUGGCCAAUUGGAUCUGUGCAAGAAAUAGUUUCUGAACCCAUUUCCCCAUUCUCAAUCUUUUGCACAUUAAAGUACAGAAUCGUCUUUGUUUUAUUUAAACAUGGAGUUAAAAGAAGGCUCUUUCCCCUCUAGCUACAGCAUCCAACCAUAGUUAAGCAAUGAUCAAAGAGAUGCUGGUGGUCUAAAGCCUGGAUUGUUCUAUUUUCCCAGUUGUCAACACUUGCCUAGCAUAUCCUAUCGCCCAAUUCUGGGUUGUUGUUUUUCUCAGUAGAAAUUUUGCAUACAAAGCAAGAAAUGUAGCUUGUGGUUAGGGAAUAAUACCAUUCUUUUUAACCAUCCUCAGUCAGCUAUUUCAGUCUUAAGCAACCACAUUUCAACAUUGUUUGCAUGGGCAUGUUAUGACAUAUAUACAUGGAUAACUUAAAACUGAUUUUAAUAUAUUAAAUUGGUUUAUUCCCCCCCCCACACACUUCUUUUCGACAAAGCACAUAGUUAAAACUAGAAAUAAUAUAAAUAGUUAAAACUGCUGAAUUUGUUCUCACAAGAUGUACUGGUGGCCACGAGUUUCAAUGGUUUUAAAUAUAAAUUAGACCAUGAGGAUACAACUGCCAAUGGUUGCUAGUUAUGAUGACUGUGCUCUAAUUCCACUAUCAAAGACUGUAUGCUUCUGUAUACUAGUUUCUGAGAAUCACAGGUAUGGACACUCCUGUUGUAUUCUGGUCCUCCCUGCAGGGUUCCCAUAAGUUUCUGGUUGGCCACUGUGAGAACAGGAUGUAGGACUAGAUGGUCUGAUCCAGCAGCUGCUCUUGCGUUAUUAUCAAUGGUUGAUGUUUGAGACUUUUUAUUGGGGAUAAUGGAUGGGUUUUGAGUUACAGCUUUAUUUUAUACGCACUUAGUUGAUGCAAGGAGUAGCACUCAACUAAAUCUUUACUCAGAAUAGACACACUGAAAUUAAUGAGCAUAAUUAAGUUAGAUCCAUUAAUUUCAGUAGGUCUACUCUGAAUACAAGUUAGUUGAAGGCCACCCGUGGUGUUUUAACCUUUCAACUAAUGAUGUCUGGUUGGUGUUCCCCUCCCCUCCUGAUUUCUGCAUCCACUUUGUUCAUUGUGACACGUAGCUGUAGCAACACAAUUAUGCUGGCAUUGUACACUACAAAGUAUAUUAUGUUCAUACAAUGUUGCAUUGGGGUUUCUUCCAGUUGUUAGCUGGGAAGCUUACUGGGGUGUAUGGGAAGGAUUGGCCUGUAAAUCUACAUUUCUUUUUUUCUUUUAAGAACUGCAGUGGUUGUUUUUUGCAGUGGUUGUGUGUGUGGUUGUUGUUUUUUUGGUCAUAUAUAUUUGACAAUAUAGAAUUGGAAGGGGCAAAAUACAUGUAGCACAAUCAUUUACUUGUUGAACUGCAGGUAAUUCUUGCCGCAACCCUCUUUCGAUACAUUUAUGAUGUAGCUUCCAACAUAGCUCAUGUCAGUAAUGUUUGUAAAGAGAAACAACCAUUGACUCAUCAUUAGCGACAUUCACUCAUUUAUCCAUUCACCAUUCCAACAUGUCUGAAAGUGGAAGGUCAACUGACCUCUGCCUCCCUAUUACAGUGGUACCUCGGGUUAAGAACUUAAUUCGUUCCAGAGGUCCGUUCUUAACCUGAAACUGUUCUUAACCUGAAGCACCACUUUAGCUAAUGGGGCCUCCCGCUGCUGCUGCACAAUUUCUGUUCUCAUCCUGAAGCAAAGUUCUUAACCCGAGGUACUAUUUCUGGGUUAGCGGAGUCUGUAACCUGAAGCGUAUGUAACCCAAGGUACCACUGUAUUAAACUUCCACUAUUUAAGGAAGAGUUAGUUUUAAUAUAUGCCUUGGAAAGUAGGUAAAUACGUGCAUUUGGGGACUAAGUUUGGAGUAGAUGCCUCUUUGGGUACUUUAAACUAUCCAAGCCUAGAUAGCUCAGAUGGUUAGAGCAUGGUGCUGAUAAUGCAAGGUUGCAGGUUUGAUCCCUGGAUGGGACAGUUGCAUAUUCCUGCAUUGCAGGGGUUUGGACUAGGCAAUCCGCAGGGUUCCUUCCAACUCUACAGUUCUAUGAUUUCUACAAUCCUUUUUUUCAAGUCAGGCUCUCCAUCUACAGUGUAUUUGUUUUUUGUUUUUGUUUUUUAAUAAUUCACAUACUGAUUGUCAGAAGAAAAACUCUGUCAAGCAGUGGCUUAUUUAAAGGGAAACACAGCUUCUUCCAACAUGUAUUGUAGUUGUCCAGCUAAGAAACCAUAGCCCUUUUAUAACCAGAGUGAUUCUAGAACUGAGCAAGCCAGACAGUUUGAAGGUGGAGCCAAACCAUAGCAAAGCAAGCCAACAAUUUGAGUCAGGUCGGUGAAGCUGACUAAGUGCAUAUGAGUGCUCAAAAGAAAAUACAUCAUUGAUAUAUGAGGUCACUGCGACCGCCAGAUGAGAAUGCCAGAACAGGCUCCCUGCCUUGGCUCUGCUGUGCUCAAGCAUAUGCAAAGCAGAGUCUUGGGCCAGAUUUUCAGCACUGAACGUGAUCUGGGCUUUCCUCAAUGUGAGAACCUUGCAUGGAUGUGUGGGGUAAACAGCUUGCAUUUCAUAGACCCCAAUGUACCAAACAGCAGCCAAGUAAUGACACUCCACAGCUUACAAGUCUGAUUCCACUAAAUUUAUGUAUCCCUUGGGUAUCAUGAGAACAACUGACUUGCCAAAAGAGCUGACAUAUUCAAACCCAAGCCCUAUGGUUUUCUUAGUACAUUCUACAGGCCUGAUCCUAUUACCUGCUAUACUAGCUAAGUAAAUCUUAAGGAUCUGGUGUACAGCAGCUGCUAUAAGACUAGAACGAUGUCAUGCUCUAUGUAUAUCAUUGCAGCGCCAUACUAACUUGACCCACUGCCGUGAUCGCUUAACGGCAAUCCCUUAAAGGGAGGGAGAAUCUCAAAUUGUUUCGGUAGAGUGUAUCAUCAAAUAUUCAAAUAGACCAAGAACCUUAAAAAUUGCAACUUUGAAGACUUUUAUUUGUCUUUUCAAAUAUGGGAAUGCUAUGAGCUUUGCCAACAGUAGGGUUUGUGUAAUAUUAAAAUUAGAUCAUGAACCUUAGACAUUACAAUUAUGGAGACUUAUUUGUCCUUUCAAAUGCAGGAUUGUUAUCAACUUUGCUAAUAUAUAUUCAUCAGUGUGAUCUUAAUGUCAGCUCAGGAUAGAUUCCCAUGCUUCAUUGCUGAGAUGGUAUGGACCUCCCACACAAUUGAAGCCACUUUUGUUUUCAUUUGGGAAGCCACUGGUUUCAAAGCAGUCCUAUGUCGGUGGGGGAGCAGAAUUCUAUGUUUGCCUAUAAUAAACCGGCAUUUUACUUAGUAGAGCUAAGAAACCCAACUGAGUAACAAAAAUACUGGUUAUGGUGGUUUACAAUUAGCAUUGAGGCAACCCUAAAGUCUCUUACCAUCUAACACAUUUCGGAAUAAGACUGAUGUUUUCAUUGACUUCAAGAUAAAUGAAACUAACAAGUCCAAUUUGGCAAAGUAUUGUCAGAUUUUUAAAAGCCUCAAGCAUAAGAGCUGUUUGGAUCUGGGCUUGUGACUUGCAAGUUAUUGCUAACAUUAGCUAUGUUAAUCAUUUCACUCUUGAGAAAUUGACAGGAGGGAGAACUUUGGCUGAUCUUUUGAGUUUUUAUAAAUCCCUGUUGGUUUUGCAGUCCCUUCUCUAGAUGUAUAAUUACCCGCCUGGCUCCUAUUUUGGUAUUGUUUUAUUGUUUACUCUUCUUUAGUUCAAGUCACCAAAUCUGAGCAAAACAUUGCCUCCUGUUGUGCUGCAAGCUUUAAAAAAGGUCAGAUUUGCAGGAGCAGGGAAGCUUUGAAUUACCGUAUUUUUCUCACCAUAACACUCACUUUUUUCCUCCUAGAAAGUAAGGGGAAAUGUCUGUGCAUGUUAUGGAGCGAAUGCCUACGGAUGGCGGGGGGAUCUGCUGCAUUCGUAAGCAGAGGAUCCAUGGUCCCCCUUCCUUCCCUCCUCCGUGGCUCACUUUGAAACAGCAAAGUGGGAGAAGAGCCUCUGAGUGGGGAGGAGAGAGGGACAGAGAGCCUGCUUGCUUUAAAGGAGCAAAGCGGGAGAGGAGAGGAACUGUUUACACGAGUCCAGAGCUGUUUUUUUCAGCGAGCCGGGGAGGAGGGAGAGAACAGCUCACUAAAUAGCAGCAAAGUUUUUCGCAAGCAGGCUCUCUGUCCCUCUCUCUCCCCACUCAGCUGGCUAAAUAGCAGCAAAGUUUUUCAGCGAGCCGGGGAGGAGGGAGAGAAGCAGAGCCUUUAAAGGAGCAAAGCGGGAGAGGAGAGGAGCCUUCUCCUCUUAUACCCCUCUUCUGCAUUAUUAGCAGCAUCCUUCUCCACACACCCCACACGUGCUCCUUGUCCCUUGAGUGUUUUUCCUUCCCUCCCCACUUAAAACAUGGUUACAAAGCACGGAUCCACAUGGAUCCUCAGGAUUUUUGCACUGGGUCACCCCAAAUUCACCAUCAGAUCACAUAGCAUGUCCAUGGCUACAGCUUGCACCAAAAAAAUCACGUACCCACUGUUGCCUGGGGCCACAGUGGUGCAAAAACGUGGUUACAAAGCAUGGAUCCACAUGGAUCCUCAGGAUUUUUGCAUUGGGCUACCCCAAACUCACCAUCAGAUCACAUGUCUGUGGCCACAGCAUGAACCACAAAAAUCAUACAUCCACUGUUUCGUUUAGAAUAUUUUUCUUAUUUUCCUCCUCUAAAAACUAUGUGCGUGUUAUGGUCGGGUGCGUGUUACAGAGCGAAAAAUACGGUACUUGCUGGUGUUUAAAGAUGAUAUAGGAGAAAAGAUCAUUUCAAAGCCUCUUGCUGUGCAUUUCUUAAUUAAAAUUCUUUCUAAAAUAUAAAUGUGGGGAGAAGGGAGGAGUGGGACAGACUGACUUCUCUUAUUUGUUGAGUUUUAUUUUUUAAAUCAUAAUGCAGUUUUGAUCAUUUAUGCUGCAAAUAAUGGUGCAAAGGAAUGGCAAGUGCAAUAAUCAACAACUAACUUAGCACCAGAUGUGAUUCUGCACUUAAAAGCAGCUUUGCAUACAAAGAGGAAACUGAAGUUCUAUAUUCAACCCAGCUUAAAGUUCCAUGGAUUUCAACAGGAAAGUUAAGCAUAUGUUUAGCAGCCCACUGAGAUUAUUAGCACUUAAAUGUGCUUAAAUCAUACAAAUUCCUGUGUAUUCCAAUGUGGUCUUCCAAUACUGCAAUUCCCCAUUUACAUAGUAUGUAUUUGCAAUGAUUUAGUUAAGAGCAGUAAAUUUAUUCAAUAAAUAGAGCCUAAUGUCAGGAAUGAAUGACCUCUACUGUAGUGAAUUUUUCCAACUACAUAUCCCUUGCAUCUGCUGACCUGCCUAGAACACAGCUUUCCAAGCUAGGGCUUAGGGACCUAUUUACAUAUAUGCUCUAUCUUUUUUUCAUAUGGUUUACAAAGUGCCUCUGAGCAACUUGAACACAAUGCAUAAUGUUGCUGUGGGUAGCUGAGUCUGGGUUCUCGACCAUUGACUUUUGGUCUCCAAUAGGUGUUAAGGGGAGACAAUGAAGUAUGGUGAUCAUUGGCCAGGGAGUGGGGGAAGAAUACAGCUUUGUAAUCCUCCCAGAGCAUAGCAUAUCUGUGUCAAAUGUAUGUGUGUAGUAUGGCAGAGUGAGAGCACAUGUAGGAUGGUAGCUGACUAAACUAUACUCCAAGUAGACCCAUUCAAACAAAUGGACUUAAGGUAAUCAUUACUAACUUAAGUCCACUGGUUUCAAUGGAUCUAAGUAUGCCUUAAUUGGAUGCCAGCCAUAAAAUCCAUUAUAGUAAUACAGAGAACAGAUAAAAUCCAAACAUAUUCAGAGGAGAUUUUAUCAGCUGUGUUAAGCAAAUACAUCUCUUGCCUGGUUCUAGGAAAAAGCAACUUAAAAGGCAAAACCCUAAGCAGCCUAACAAUGGCUUUCACUCAUGUGUAAAAUGUGCAAAGGCCACCUGUCAAAUCUCUGGUGGAAAACAGUAUUUUUUAAAAAACAUGGUAGCUGGCUGGUUGCCAUAUUGAAAUAUUGAAGUGUCUGAGAAUUUGUGAGUCUUUCUUCAAAGUGUAUCCUUCACCUCUACAGUAACUAACAAAUGCGCUGGCUAAUAGAUAUGGAGACAGCAGGCAAUCACAGGUUCUUAUUGACAAUAGUUAAUUUUACCUUUAAAAAAAUGUUCACUUUUCCACCUUAAAUAGUCAUCACUGAUUGUCUGUGAUAUACACAUACACCAUGUACAUAUGAUUAAUAUAAAUGUAUGAAUUCCUUCCCUCACUCAAGUCUACAUUUUGCUAAGCAGAUCACAAAUGGGUGCAACUGGAAACGGAACUUUGCACUACUUGGUUCACAUCCUUUCAGAUAAAAAUACAAAAAUUUCAGUAACAUUUAUUUGAUUAUAUCAACUUUGAAUUUUCUGCACAAAAGUGUAUAGGCAAAAGUAACAAUAAUAAUUCCUCCACAUUACUGUACUCUUUCUCUGUGCUCUUUCUGAUGCCUACAAAAAACUUUCUUGCUUAGGCAUGCCUAACCAGAUGUGUAAACCUGACAUGUUUUUUAAUCUGUAAUUUUAGCUUGUAGUGUCAUUUUAACUGUUGAUUUUAUUCUGAUUUUUCAAAACAUCAGAUUCUAUUGACAGUUUUAAUGUUCAUUUUAUAUUAUUUAUAAACUGCUUAGAGGUUGGAUUUACAAUUAAGUGGUAUACACAUUUGCUUACAUGAAAUAAAAUAAAUAAAUUACAUUUGCCUGCUAGAGGCAACUUAACUUCAUUUAAUUUAAUGCAUUUAUAAAUGUAGAUCAUUGCCAUAUGUUGUUUGAGGAUAAAAGGGAAUUAAUAUUUACUAUGGCAAACCUGUCAUUAUUUAAAGUAAUAAGUCAUAUUUAAAACACAAUCUUAUAGCCAGCUGUAGAGCCAUAGGUUUCAACAAAAGCCCUGUGGUGCCAGGAGAAAGCCAGAUAUGCUGCCACCAUGACAGAUACACCAGCAGAACUGCUCAGAUACACUGGGAAGAGUCAUAUGGGAAGAGAUACAUAUGGGAAGAGUCAUGGUUGUGCCAUGGGCAACACAUGGUGUGACUGUUUGUGAGAGGAAGCAGACCAUAUUCUAUACUCCUUCAGUUCACUGCCAUAUAUGGUGCAACUUCACAACAAUAAUUUCUCCAUCAACAGUGUAACUUUCCAUCAGAAUGGACACAAAGCACUUCCUCUCAUAUUUGUUCACCAUGCUUCUCAUGCCAUGGGUGUUCCCACCCUUGGGCAAGCUUGAGAAGCCCCAACCUACUUCCCAACAGCAGGAGGGAGCAAGCUUUCUCCAUCUUCACGUGGCAGUCUUUGCUUUCUCUGCAGCUCCAAGUACCUUAGCGGGACCAAACUCAAAAGCUCUUCCCACUGUUACCAGCUCCAGACUUGGAACUGGGGAAAGGAACAGGACAUUGCCCCUGGCCGCAUGUUUUGUCUUAGUUGCUGGGCCAGCAAAAUCCUGUGGCUCUCAGCAGUGCAUGCUGCUGUUAUCAUCGGCACAUGUUGAUGCCUAUGGAUUUCUGCCAAGCUACAGCCUACAUUGCUUGGACUGCUCACUUAGCACACAAACACUCUCCCCAUUUUUGUGUGCUCAGUCACACAGAGGACAGUAGGUGUUCCGCAACACUCCCACACAUCCAUGGGGUCCCAUAGUAUCAUAAGAACUUUUGUUCGUAGACUGACAUGACUCUGAAUGCUUCCAGGACCUUUGGUAACCCCAUGAACAUUCCGGCAUUUUACAGCCUUUCUGCCGCCCCUUUUUGAUGUCUUCACAAGUGGUGCUGGUUGCAGGGAAUGGGCAGUCUGUGGCAUAUAAACUACAGCCUGCCCAGAAGAAGUCACCUGGCACUGGCCUCUAGUUGACAUAGUAAAUCUGCAAGAACCAAAAGGUAUCUAGACCAAUGUUCUUGGGUCUGCAGAUGUUAUUGGAUAAAAUUACCAGGGAAGAUAAGCGUUGGAGCCACUGGCGGAGGAAGAGGAGAGCGGGGGGAGUGCACCGCCCCUGGCAGCGUGAUCCCGGCAGGGUGCCAUCGUGGCUGCCCCCCGCCCAUGCUGGGCGCCACGACCCCACAGGCAGUGCCCCCCAGGAUGCACGCCCCACCCCCAGGACAUGCCCCCAGGAUGCACGCCCCACCUGCUCUCCACCCCCUGGUGCCGGAGCAUGAAGCUCCACCACUGAUUGAAGCCCCGCCACAUUUGAGGUCCCAAGGUUGAAGAGCCUAGUAAGAUUUGAAGGUAUAGUGGACCCACCACUUGUGCAAGGGUUCGGUUUUGGGGGUCCGCAUGCAAAGGCAAAAUUCUGCAAAGUCAAGAACCUCCUGGAACUAUUUCCCUGUGAGGUGGAAGACUGUUUUUAGGGUAGCCAUAUUUUGAAGAGCAAAAAAAGAGGACACAUUUGCCGGCUUCUACUUUUAACUAUGGAUCACUAUGAAGACUCUCAUUUUACAUACCCAUGAAAAAGAGGAUGCGUCCUAGAAAAAGAAGACAUCUGGCAACCCUAGACUGGGGUCUGGGAUAGAGGCGUGCGGGCUCUGGGACGCCACCAGAGCCCUUGUGCCUCCUUCCCAAAGCCCCGUGUCUCACUUACCUGGUUUUGUGGAGGCAGCAUCCAAGGGCUCAGGGAUGCGGUCAGAGCCCCACCCCCUUAAAGUUUAGUCAGCAAGAAAACCUGCUGGGUGCACAGGUGGGGGGGAAAUAAAUAAAUGGAGAGCAGAGACAGCAGUGGGUUUCCCUGGCUCUCCAUUUAUUUAUUUAUUCCAUACCGGCCCACAUAAGGUUGUGAUGGAGCAAGUAAAGUGAGCGCAAGUUGUGGGCUUACUGUACUUAUUGAACUAUGGAAACUACUAAUUGUUCAUGAACUUAGUAUGUAUAAAGUACACUGCUACAAUAUAUCAUUUUUAUGGGGUGCAAACCACUUUGGGUAGAGUAAUGUAGGAAGGUUAUUUACAAAAUGAAAUUAAGUAAAUAGGACCCACCAGAGGUACAUGGCAAUUCAUCUCCAGUUUUGGGUGAACAGAUUUAUCUGCUGAGUUCAUCAGCUUGAUUUUGCCUAUUUCUAUCAUUUUCAUCUCUGUUUAUACUUCCUGUGCAAUUUCUUAUAUUUGAAAUGUUGACUUGGUAAAAGAAACUUCCAGAUAGGCGUGGAAUUCUGGACAGGCCAAGGCCUGGCAGUGAAACUCUGCCCUCAAGUGGAACCAUUAAAAAGGACUUGGCUAAAUGAACAGUCCAUAUGACAAUUUUAUUUCCUUAAUGUCCCUUACCCAUCCAGAGACAGCAGACUUUGAGAAGUUUAAGCAAUACGUGGGAAAGUGACAACUUUGUAAUACAGUACAUCUCUACCAGGGUCAUUGAGGAUGUCCGAUAACAAACAAACAAACAACAAUCACCCAGGUUUCUGAACCAAAAAUAAAGAAAUCCCCCCCUCUCUGCUCACAUUUGCUCUUCUUUCUGCUUUUAUCCUAUGAAUUUAUGUCUCCUACAACAAAAAGAAAACCUAUUGUUCAAACUGUUGGUGUUCGCUGUACAGUGUAUAUGAACUACAGAUUAAGACUUUAGUAUUGUGGAAAGUAAUUUUAUCAAUUUAUUUAUAUAUGUUCUAUAAUCCAGUUUUCAGUUUGGCAAACAGUAUUAAUUUUUACUGCCUUUUCCCUUUAAAAAUGCCAUUCACUAUGUAUUCUGCUAUCAGAGCAUCAUUCUAGUGCUGCUACUAUUUUUUGUGUUUGCAUUCAUACUAUAAAGCACAUUUAAAGCACAUUUCUCUCUCCCCCAAAUAUCCUGGGAACUGUAGUUUGUUAAAGCUGGGAACUGUAGCUCUAUGACAGAUAAACUACAGUUCACAGGAUUCUUUGGGGGAAGUCAGGUGCUUUAAAUGUAUGGAGCUAUGUACAACUGCCAGUAAUGUAUAUCAGAAGCUGUUGUCAUCUCUGUGUCGCUGCCCCCUGUGGUGAACAACUGGAACUUUCUUGACAGAAAGGAGUAUACAGUAAAGGACUUCCUUUUUCACAGAUCCUUGUUUGAUUGAGAAGACCUACCUGAGCUUUAGUGCAUAGCUGUCAACUUUCAGAUUUGAACAUAAGGGAUCAGCAGCCUCGAAAAUAAGGGAUCAGCAGCCUCACCUGUCCCAGGGACAGUCUACGGGAUAUCUAACAAUCUUGGAUAGCAGUGGGAAGCAGCGGGAAACGGCGUAGGAAUAAGGGAAUUUCCCGCAAAAAAAAAAAAGGGAAGGCUUUAGUUUGUUUCUGGCCUUGCUUUUUUAAAAGGGUGUUACUCCUGGCUUGUUCUACAGGUCUUGCCUUCAGGUUUGCUUUCUGGUGCUGAUUACUCAUCAGUUCUGACCACUGUCUUGUUUCAUGGCUGCUCCUAACCCAUCUAUAGCCCGGCCCUAACACGGAUCAAUCCUAUACAUGCCUGAAGUAACUCCCAUUGAGUUCAGAUUUUCAGAGUUCAGGUUUGAUAUUUAUCCUCCUAAUGGAAGUCUUCUAUUGCCUUCUGUAUGGCUCGGAUCUUAUUCAGUAAUGCUUUUGUUGAUAUAUCAAAGUGUGAGAUUUAUUAACCUGUUGGCUUAAUGCCCGUUGGAACUCAAAAAUGGAAAAAGCAUUGCCUUGAUUGGAUACUAUGCUUACUUGACUUGUAUCAGUUUAUGGCAUUUUUUUGUUGUUUCCUCAUAUUAUUUUUAAAAAUGCUCUGAACACACUUAAGUCAUAGCUGUCAACUUUUCCCUUUUCUUGCGAGGAAUUCUAUUUGGAAUAAGGGAAUUUCCCUUAAAAAAAGGAAAAAAGUUGACAGCUAUGACUUAAGUGCUGUAUAAAUACUUAGUAUUGUUAUCCUUUUAGGUUCCAUGAUUGCACACACUAAACAAAUCUUUUAGGUUCUACUAAUCCCCGCCCACCUUCUAGACUGUGGUGUCACAGUGCUGGGAUUCUCAGCCAAUGAGAUUCCAUGUACCUCCACCCUCCCACCUUUCUCCCUGUCACUUAACCAGCUUUACUAUUCCUAGUGUUUUCCUGUCUGUCCCACCUGCAGGAACAUGUCACUCCUGACUAGCAUUUGCCAACUUGAAUUUACUGCUGCACCACUAAUCGCCGUAAACAUUUGUACAGUAUACCAAAAUGGGAUGCUGAUCUUCUGGAAUGUGUCCAAAAGCUUGGCAUCAUCUGAUAGAUGUUUCAACCCAACGCCAUAAUGCACCUGACAGUUGGGUAUUAUUUUACAAGAGGAAAUUAUUUCCUAAACCCAGCAAUAAGGAUUGUUGCCUCUUUGUUUUUCUCUCUAGCCUGGUGUACUUGCAGAUACUAUUCUUGUACCCUCCUACAUAUCUAAUCCUAUUUUUAAUCUUACAAAGCUGUUUGCCUUUCUAAUAUCCUGUAGCAGGAUAUUAACUAGACUUUAUUGUCUGCUGGUGUAGUUUUGAAUGCUCAGAAGCUUGUCAAGUAACCUGAAAUAACUCAGAAUGAGCAGCAGAAAGCGAAGAGCCAGCCCUCCACCUCUCUCUGAAAGCCAUCAUCACCCUUUUCACUAUAGUCAUAAAGAAACAGGAUGUUGAUUUUAUUAGCACUGGAUUUUUUCAUAGAUAUAAUCUGUUUUAGCAGCUAAAUGUCUACACAGUUGCUUUGGAACAAAGCUGGAAAACCAGAAAAUGUAGUGAAGCUCAGAGAGGGAAAAGCAAAAGGAGGGAAAAUACAUAGCAGUGGGUGAUGAAAGCUACAUCAAAUUCUUGCAGCUUUAUUCACCCUACAUGUUGUUUUUAAAAUAUAUUUAUUUGCAAAUUUAACAAAGAAAAAAGAAGAAAAGGGGAGACUAAUGCUGUAAAAACAACAAAAGAAAGAAAAAGCAGUAUGUGAAUAACACCUAUAAUAAAAACAAAACAACAAGCAUAAUCUAUCUUCAACCUGUUUUAUCUUCAAAUCUGGAUUACAUUAAUUUAGUGUGAGCAUAUGGGUCAAAUUGAAAAUGAUGAGCACCAGUCUAUGCAAUAUCUCUCUAGCUGCAAAAAUUGAAGGUGUUAUAGAUCCUUUCUUUUUAUUAUUCACAGACCCUGUCAUCCAAAUAAAGGAGUUAAAUAAGCCAUCUCUAAAACUACCCAAGCUGGCUAAUUCACAACCUUCUGUACAUGCUAACAAAUAUGCCUUUUGAUAGAAAUUAAGACCUGGAAAACUAAAGCAGCCUUCUGAUACUGGCAGCAGCAUUCUCUUAAGUGAAAAACAAGGCAGAGAAAUACCCCAAAUAAAUUUCCUAAAUGCCCCUUUAACCUUUUGAAAACAUAUAUAAUGAAUAUAUAAUGAAAUACCAUUUAGUAUAUAUUAUUCAUGGCAGAAUAUUAUUCUUAAGUGUAUUAACCUUACCCCAGUACUAAAUUUAAGUGAUACCCAUUUUCCAAAUUAACCAAAAUGCCUAGAUGUGUAAAGACUUCUGUGCACCAAGAAAACUGCCAUUUUAGUAUACAAAGUAGGUGAUUUAUAACUGCUGAUUGGCAUGAAUUCAGCUUUUGAUCAAUAUGAAAUGUUUUGAUCAAUAUGAAUUGUUCAAAUAUGAAAUGCUUCCUUGUCUCACACACAACUACUUCAGCUAAAUAUUUCCAGCUUCCCAUCUUUCCAGGGACAAAAUGGAGAUUCCUGUAACACAUUCGACUCCCCGGCUCAGAAGCUGUAUCAGAAAUUAUAGGGAAGGCAGUACAAAGUCAAUUCACUUGUCUCCUACCUCAUGCAUGAACCAAAAAGGGAAGAUGCCAUAACACAUUCAUUGUGAUACCCAAGUGGGAGAUCCCGCUGAACCCCAAAACACCUGCAGUCAGGGAGAAGUGUGAUUGGUUCUCAGCACCAGCAAUGGAGACAGCAGACUGUGAUCUAUGGAUUGGUCUUUAGAAGGACAGGUUUGUCCAGAAAUUCAUUUGGGCCCCGUGCUGCGAACUUUUCAGCAGGCUUUAAAAGCUCAUUUAUUUUGGAUCACCCUCUCUUAAAUAAAGCCUUCAUUAUUAGAGAGCUUUAUUAAGAUGGAUGGCUUUUCUAUGCCUGCAGGAAUGUUUAUGUUGUUUUAUGUGUUUUAGCUGGCCUCUGUUUUAAAGGAUAGUUAAUAUCACAGCUAUUGUAAGUUUCUUUUUCUUUGUGGUUUUUUUUAAUACUGUGUAAGGUGCCUUGAGGCGACCUAUAAAUAAUUCCUAUAAAUAAAAAUAUAAAUACUCUGCAUCAGAGCCCAUACAAAUUAAACACACAAAACUAGGCAAAACACACACACAAGUCUAGUAUACCUCCUCUAGCAAUGGUUGUGGCUUCCUAAGAAGGCUUGUCUCAUGCUCUGAGAGCCCAGGCCCAUAUCUAGAUUAGAAAUAUUAGAACACCAGGCAGUAGCAGCAUGGUGGACAUAGGUCAUCUUUACUCUAGAAAUACAGUUUGAGUAGACUGGAUCAGUAGCAGAGGAAAAUAUGCCUGGUUUGGCUUGAGGAGUCUUCAGCACCAUUUCAGCACUGUAUUCAGGGCUCGAAGUCUAUAUAUUAGGGGUGGGUCUACACUCAUGGUUUAUAACAUUAAAGAACAAUUUUCAAAAUGUAAUGGACACAUUAUGUUUUGCUGGUAAUGUUAAUAAUGUGUUAUUAAAAUACAGUCGUACCUCGGAAGUCGAACAGAAUCUGUUCCGGAAGUCCGUUGGACUUCCAAAACAUUCAACUUCCAAAACAUGGCUUCUGAUUGGCUGCAGGAAGCUACUACAGCCAACUAGAAACCGCAGAAGUCCCUUCGGACCUUUGGCUUCCAAAAGAAUGUUUGAAAACCGGAACACCCACGUCCGGUUUUUGAUCGUUUGGGAACCAAAACGUUUGACUCCCAAGGCGUUCGGGAGCCAAGAUACAGUGGUACCUCAGGUUAAGUACUUAAUUUGUUCCAGAGGUCCGUUCUUAACCUGAAACUGUUCUUAACCUGAAGCACCACUUUAGCUAAUGGGGCCUCCUGCUGCCGCCGUGCCACCGGAGGACGAUUUCUGUUCUCAUCCUGAAGCAAAGUUCUUAACCCGAGGUACUAUUCCUGGGUUAGAAGAGUCUGUAACCUGAAGCGUAUGUAACCCGAGGUACCACUGUACAACUAUAAUGUGUUAUUAAAAUGUAACACCAGAGGGCACUGCAGAGCAACCAGGAACCAGGCAGUAAAGGAAACUGAUGUUCUGAAGGAACGUUUAAGGUAAGGCACUUUUUUCCCCCCUGCAGUAUUCCUGUGACGUUUUAGAACGAUAUAGCUAAUAUAGUUCUAAUAACAUUAAAAAGGUCAUUGUAGAUACAGCCUAGGUUACCAGCCAGGGGCAGUAAUGUAGGGUAUAUAGGGUGUGUGGUGCAUGAAGGGCCUACAGAAAUCUUAAAUUAUCAUAUAAAAUAAUUUCAUUGAAUAUGGCAGUUGUAUGAUAAAGUUUGUUUAUAUUUUUAUUCUCUGAAAUUAAAACAAAACUAAACAUUCUCUUGCUAAGCUUCUAUGAUAUCUGCAUAGUUUUAAUGCUCUUAAAAAAAAAUCUAUACCUAUCCCUGUUGCCAUAGUAAGUUUCUAAACUUAACAUUGAUUUGAGACAUACUUUAGGUACACAACAGUGCAAGAAGGCUUUCAGGAAUAGCUGUGAACAUGUCUGGUUGUGAAUUUUCUUUGAAAAAGUCAAAAGUUGUCAAUGUUUAAAAAAAAUGAAAAUUGUAACAUUUUGGUAGAUCUUUAACAUGACAAUUAAUAUUAUCUAUAAAGAUUCAUAUAUGAGCACUUUCUGAUGAUACAUGCUUCAUAUUUCAUUUCAUUUCUUCUUCUCAUAAUUAAUGUUUCAUCUCCAGUCAGAAGUUAUGUAAUUGGAUACUGGUGUACAAUCAAACUAAAUUGGGAGAAUACCUCUAGGAAUGGAUGCUAUGUGACAAUAUACUGUUUUUACAGAGGGGGGGAGGAACAUGGCUGUCCCUAAAUCUUGUCUGUCAGGGGUGGACAUGAGCAAGAGCUACAUUCCUACAAGUGCUCCCAGGCUAUAGAAGGCAAAGAGUCACUCGGGGAACAUCUUCUCACCAAUUGACUCCCUGCCAAUUGACCGGUAGUACUACACAAGAAUCACUAUGGAUGGAGGAUGGCUGUCAGUUGACAAUGCCAGAAAGCUGUUGCUUCUUGGGGUCUGUCCUGGUUCCCACCUCAAGUAUGAUGAUUGUGACUCUUACCUGGUAGUAAGAAAGAGAUCUUUAUUCUAGAAACAUGAUACAGGCUCAGCACCAAGCAUCAAGUUAUAACAACUUCAAACUUCUAACUAGGCAAUAAAAGGGCUUGAUUAGGCAGAAUAGAAACAGAGCUUAAAAUUCAAGAGUCUAAGGAGUUCAGGACUACACAGGACCUAUGGAGCUAUCCCAAUAGAUUUCAACACCCACCCGCCAAGCUUUCAAAGGCGAAGUGUGGCAAGGUUGCUUGUGAAAUCCCUGUGCUGUGGUGGAAGCUUGCAGGCAUGCGCUGCACUUGGGAAGGGGAAUCUGUUCCCACCUGAGGAGGUGUUGCCUGGUCCAAGGCAACAAGGCUGAGUCCUUUCUUUUCAACUCCUGUUCAUCCAUCCUGAGAAAGCUGGUUGAUGUCCUCCUUAGCCCCCAAUGAGGCUUUCUACUUUCCAGGAGGGAAGGGGAGAGCUGGGCUCUGACUACUAGAUUUGGGGAAUGGUGAGGACUUCUCUCUUCUGUUCCAGUACUUUCUAUUUUGAAAUUCGAAAGUAAGUUGAGACCAAGUGCUUCCACCCAGACUGGAUAAGAGCAAUAAUUCCCUGCAUUGGACUCUGCCCUCAGUCACUGUCCCACCCAUUUCAUUAUCCAUCAUUUGGGUCCUUGCCUUCUAUUGCCAAACUGUUUGGGGAUUUAAUGAAGCUGUGGCCUAUUUCCAUUCCAGUGCUGGGUGUUGUCUCUCUUUAUUCUUUUCCAAACCCGUUGAGAGCACCAACUCUUUUUACAAACCACUGUCAACCGAUCCCUAAGUUGAGAGAGAAAGAGAGAAGUAUAUGACAUCUCCCAAUCUCCACCCUAGAACCACACAAUGUAAUUGAUUUUAGAAAGCAGAAAACCAUAUUGUAGAGCAGCUGAAGAUCCAAACAGCAAGAAAGAGUUGUCAGAGGAUAAAAUUCUGUAAAACUCUUUGCCAAGUGUAUCUGGUUGUUGCUUACCUCCCACUCUCAUUAUCUGAUCCAAGCAUGCUUUAGACUCCUUCAUCCCUGGCAUUCUUCCAUCCCAAGAAACUCCUCCAUUUACAGAUAAUCUGACAUUCCCAGCCUUAAUUUUUCUCAUGAAACAGUCACAAAAAUGCAGAUAAUCUUAGGUAUAAUAAUAACUGCUCAGAGAAAAACAAAUGCAUUAUUAAUAAAGGUUUGAAGACAUACAUACAUGCAGUACCUUUUAAUACUUUUAAUCUAGCAUUAUUCAUACAGUUUCUUCUGGAGUAAUUGUAUCAACUGGUCUUAGAUGUCCAAUGAAGCCACCAAUUUUGCCACACAUGACACCAGAUGGGCAGAGGCUAACAUGGUGUUCUACAUUAGACAAGUGAGGCAGAGCCACAUGCAUGCUUAGUACCACUGUACCACCUAAACAAUAUUAUACUUCCACUUACAACAGUUUUCUGUCUGGAGCACUUACUGAUAUAAAAAGCUGCUAUGAAAACCUAUUAGAUAUUGGGUAGACCAUUGAAAAGAAUCAAUGAAAACUAGGCAUGCCUAUUAAUUUCAAUGGGUCUACUCUGUGUAAAACUAACACUGGAUACAAUGCUAUAUGUAAUAAUUUGUCGGUGGGCCUGCCUCCUCUUCCAUCCUUCCCCCAAUGUCUGAGGUCAAACAGGUGUUGUGAAAAAUGUUUAGAAAUCCCAUAGUUAGUACAGUUAACUAGUACAGUUAGUACAGUACAUGGUUCGCAUGAUGGAUACAAAGCCAAGUCCUAAUACUGGAGCAAAGUGGCACAGCCUUUUCUACCAGCUCCUGGUGGGAAAGGGGUGGUGGGGUCCUUAGCUACCUCUUAUAUGUCACUAAUAGUGUACCUUGGAGUAUAUAACUGGGCCAUGAGUUCAUAGUGUUAAAGAUAAUGUUUGGAAAACUAUUGUCAAGGGCUGUUAUCCCAUCUUGUUAGUUGUUGCUUAUAGGACCAAUGGAAUAACAGGACUCACUUCUCACAGACUCACUAAUAGCUUGGCUACUGAUGGCUGGUUUGAAAAUAAGUGUGCUAAGAUGUGGGGAGGGGAGAGCAAGAGGAAGAAAAGUGAUGUAUUUCUGAGACCAUACUGCUUUUCUUAAAAUGUAAUGGAAGGAAGGAGCCCUCAUCUUCCUGGAUCUGAAGCACUAUGGUCCUUAAUGAGAAGCAUAAAUAGAAGCAUUUUUGCUAACCACCAAAUUAGAAACAAAUGUGCAGCCCCGAAGGAGGGUUUUUCUUUGGGGGGGGGGUUACCAUGUGGUCUGAUCUUUAUGUACCAGUCAUUGCCUGCAGCAUAUAAUAAAGUAUAUUUAACUCUUUAGAAACUUGUAUUAAUGCCAGAAGGAAAUAAAAUGCCAGGGCGGCCCACUUUCAUUGAUGACAUACAUCGCUUUCAUGUGCUGCUUUCAUGCUAGUCAUUCAGAAAGGCUGAGCCCCUCUCUCUCUCUUCCAGUGGUAAAUUGUCAAGUGGAACUGGAGUUUAUCAACACAAAUUAUUUGGAGAAAAACAGAGAGCCAGACCUGGGUGGUGAAGUUACUAGCAUUAUUACAAGCUAAAGGAACGGCAGAGCCUGAGAAGGUGAGGGAGAAAAGACUAUAAAACACAUAUUCGUUAACACACACACACACAGUGAGAGAGACACAACAUUCAGUAACAUUUCCCAGACCUUCAGUUAUAGAGAAUUGGUUUAACUCACAGGUGGCAAAACUAAAAUAUAUUAUUCUGCCCCACUUGAUGGAAGAUCCAAUCUACUGAAACCUGUAGGUCUUUUUAUUUCCAAAUAUAGCAACCCAUGCAUAAACACACUUUUGUUAAGCAUGAGAGAUUGUGCUGUUCUAUAACUUCUUCUAUUUCAGAAAAAAAAAUGUGGGAGGGCAGGAUGGGACAAACAGUAUUUUUCUUUAUUGGGUGGUUAGCAACCAUGCCUGGCUUCAUUGGGAGCUUUUAAAAAUGGCUAUUACUUUCAGCGUGUGUGUGAUUGAAAUUACAGGUUAGGAGUGAAAGAUUCAGCCUCCCUCCCCACUCUGUGCACUGUGGCCCUGAUAAAAAUUGUCCUCUUAGCUAAACCAUCCAGGCCUGGGAGCUAAUGAGGCAGUUAAAGUAGUGUCUGAUUUUGCCCUUACUGUGAGCAGCCCACCUGGUUUUUCAUGUCUUUCCUGCAUUUUCCUUUAAGCAACAUUAAUUUUUCACGAGUGUCCAGAGCCGCAACCUUGCAGAUUCCCUCAUAGUAGUAGAAGCUGAAUGUUGGAAAUUUACGAAGUACUUCUUCACAUAGCACAUAGUUGACUUAUGGAACUGACUUCCGCAAGAUGUGACGGACAACAACUUUACUGGUUUUAAAGGCGGUUUAGCAAAUUUGUAACAGAUACGGCUGUCAGUGACUAAUAGCCAUGAUAGAUAUGUUCUCGUACUUAUGCCAGAGGCAGUAUGAUAAAGCUCACAAGUUGGGCAAGUGAUAUUGCCCUCAGGACCUCCUUGAGGGCUUCCCAUAGGCAUCUCAUUGGCCACAGUGAAAGCAGGAUGCUACCCUAGAUGGGCCUUUGGUGUGAUCUAACAGGGUUAAUAUUUAUCAAAAUACAGAAAUGUAUGAAGUGAUUAUUCUCAUAGGUGUCUCUGGUGAUGAGACAAGACUAGCCGAAAUAAAUUUAAUGAAUCUGAAAUGCCAUAAUUAUGGAAGCUAUCUCUUCUGGGUAAAUGAAGGGAGAUGGAUCCAUGCAUAAUAUUAAUAAAUCCAGCAGCUCAACUGAUCUGACCUAUCUAAUAGCAACUGACAAUGUGAUUUUUUAAAAAAUGUAUGUGAUGUUGGGCCAACCUAUUAUCAACAGCCUCUUUAUCUCCUGUAACUCCAAGGAACAUUCCAAUUAAUAGCUGAUAACACAUUACAGGUUUCUAGGUUUCUAGUGGAUAAAACUCCUUUUAGAGACAGAGGUAUCCAGCCAAACAAUGUGUGUGGAGGGCGGAGCAAUUUUGAACAGAAUUAAUGAGCUUUGUCCUGUUUUUUUGGCUCAAACAACACAUAAUCUUAAUGAAAGGAAACAGACACAGUUGUUCUAAGCAUUUUCAAAGGAAACUGCAGGAAAGUAUAAAGGGUUGCCAUAUAAAAGCCGCAUGUGUCACGGAGAUGCUCUGAUAUUGUUUUCACUUGCCAGCUGUAUGUAAAGUGGGAGAUUAUGCCCGCGGCCAAGAGGUCUUCCCACAUCAGAACAACAACAGCCAAAAAGCCAUGGAAAUGUUGGCAAAAGUGCUCACUUUACCUCAAAAUGCAUUUGAUUUUUCGUAAACAAGUUCCAUGCAUAGCCAAAAGCAUGCAGACAAGAAUAUUAAGCUUUAUUAAAACAUACUUUGUUGAGAGAUAUAAUACGAAGAGUUGUUUUCAACAAAAACACGACAUUCAGUUGCAUAAUGUAGGAUGCCAUGAAACUAACCCAGUUGCUCAUUUUCUAUUGUUAGUAUCUUCUAAGGAUGUGGCUGCAUCAGCUGUUUGUCCUGGGAUAUACCAAUAAUAGCUGGUGCCAUGUACAACUUAGUGUGAAUGGUCUCCUUCUGCUUCUGAAUUUACCUACAGAGUGAGUCAGACUUUCAUUAAUGAGGUGUCAUCUUUUCCAUAACAACUCCAGGAGUUUUCCUCACGAUGUUCAGAUAUUGUGGGGAUAAUUGUGCCCUAUCAGCUUGCUGCUUGAAGGAGCAAGACAGGAUGUUCGGGGCCAGAUUUAGGAAUAGAUGAACCAUGCAGAUGCCUGGGGCACCAAACUCAAAGGGGCACCUGUCAUAGACUAUCUACUUGGCUAACCAUUCAACAGCUGAAACAAAUAGUACAAACAGUACAUCUUCACUUGUAAAGCUGGCAACACUGACCUUCAUGACCAAAUUUGAGUUAUUCUUUCCUUUUUAAUUCAUGGGGAAAUGUACAACAUUAAUGCCCAUUCAUCAAACAGAUAAUCAGAUAAGUUCAUACAAAUAAUAAUAAUAAUUUAUUAUUUAUACCUCGCCCAUCUGAGGAGUAAAGACCACAUUUCUAGUGUAUGCACAUUGUGUCAAAAGUAAGCAUAUAAUUUUUUCAGCCCCUUGUAUCUCCCAUUGUAGGUCAUGGGUCCUUCUUCCUGUCAUUGGGUAGGGUAUAGAACUACAGACUUCUUAAUAGUCAAACCAAAGGAUUACUUUUUCCAUAAAUCUGUUUUACCCACUAAAGCUUCAAUCCUAUGAACACUUGAGAGUAAUCACUAUUAAGGUAGAGUCUGACCUAUGUCUUCCUCACUAAGCAUGCAUAGGAUCAAGUGGUAGGCCUGCUUGCUACAAUAUAACCUGAUGGAAGUUAAUCACAUUUAAUUUCCCUUUAAUGUGAUUUAGCUAUUCUCUUUGUAAAAUUUAACUCAAAGGAUAGGAAAAAAGUGGAUUUCAGUUAUCAUUUGAACACACGUUUACACAUAUAGUGGAAAUUCUAAUCGACUUUAAUAUGUGAGAACCGAAGAAGGACUAGAACUAGUGACUGGAAGUUGUUCCAUAUUCAAUAUGCAGAAUGCAAAAUGGUAAUUCUAUAAAUUAUCAUCCUUCACUGCUAAGGAUGCAAAUGUGAGAUGACUCACUGUUGUGGGUUUCUUUUUGGCUCCUUAUGAAAAUGAGGACAGCUGCUAAGAAUGAUGAGCAACAGUAUCUUUCUCAUUUUUGUGCGUGGUUUUGCAUCUUUUUACAGCUUCUUUUGACAUUCCACUUUGACUUGUCACUUCUUGACCACCCUGUCAUAUUUACAGAAAUGUAGCUAAAGGUGAGAAGGGGGCAGAUUCCACCCCGCUUUAAUAUAGGCUUAGGGGUGAAACAUCGUUAGGAGCUGUCAACAGCAAGGCAAAGCCCAGCAUUGCACUGACACCUUCCUUCCUCCCCACCCACACCAGACAACAGGCUCCAGGAGUUUUUUUUUCAUUUUAAUUCCACAAAAUGCCCUAAAACAGAUUUAGCCAACAUGGUACCUUUGGUAUAAUAAGUACUGCUAAUAUUCUGGAAACUGCUGGCCCCAUUGUUGCUGAUUUUGGUUUUGGUCCCCAAGGUGGGCCUUGGUUUAGCAACUUUGGUCAUGACUACAGGGUACAUCUGGAAGACAAUUUUUAGUCCUGGUGUUUUGUCUUUCCUGUGUUGUUUAGUAGUAAGUGAUAUUAAAGGAAGGAGGAUCCAACAAUAAAAUAUUUCUUAACAUUAGGAGUCAAAUAAUGAAAUGUCAAACGUCUAGGAUAGCGGUUCCAAAACUUUCUCCUCAAGGACCACUUCAAAAUUGCAGAGGAUCUUGGCAGACCACUUAAUGUGUUUUUUCCUGUUGUAGCAACUGCAGCCUACUGUGCUAGAUGCUGUAUUUUGUAUUUUAAUUGCUUCUUUUAUUUCUUAUAUUGUAUGUUAUUGUAUUGCAAUUUGAAUUCUUUAAAAUUUUCAAUUUUCAGUUUGAAUUCCGUAAAAUUCUGGCAAGCAUUUGAGGUUGCCAGUAGAACACUCUUCUUCUCCUCUCUCCAUGGGCUGUUUGGAGAGUUCUCACAACACCCCGCCCCCUGCCAAGCCAAAAGGAGGGGGCAUGCAGAGGGAGGAGAGGAGGAAAGCUCCAUUGCACAAGCAGAAGUCCAUGUGCAGGGAUUAUGCUGACAGGGCUCAUUAGGUGAAUCUCACCAUAUGCCUUCAGAAGAGGUGGAGUAAAUUUAAAAGCUCCUUUAGACAUAAGUGUCAAUAGACAUAAAAAUGACUUCCCCACCUUCUUUAUAGCCACACCUACAAUGGAGGAUGGUAUUCUGAGUAACUGCAGCUGAUCACAUUAGAUGUAAAAUAGACCCAGCCAGGUGUACACUCUGUAGCUACAUUGGUCCCUCCUCAGGUUUAGUGAAUUUAGAGCACACAAAUGGGAACUUUGGUAUAAGAGUGCAUGGCAUGAACAAGUGGCCAGGGCUAAAAUAUAUACAGUCAUACCUUGGGUUGAGAACGUGAUCUGUGCGGGAGGCACAGUGCAAUGCUGGGCUUUGCCUUCGAGCGAGCGCCGAAACCCAGAAGUAACCCGUUCCAGUACUUCCAGAUUUGGCGCAGUCCACAACCUGAAAAUGCACAACCCGCAGCGUUCGUAACCCGAGGUAUGACUGUAUGCUCAAGUGCUCCUUAAGUUGAGCAAGUUGAUUGCAAUCACUCAGACAUUCUUCUAGACUUCAUGCUUCAGUUACAGUCCUCUCCAUUGAUAGUGUCUCUAUUGGCAUCUGGCAAUAAGACAAGUGUGGAAUAACCUGUUUUGAGGCAUUGGGCAAAAUACCAAAGGCUUCUUGACCUCAAGGUCAAGUCAGGCCUACAGGUUGAAAGUCUUCAGGGAAGGUAUGUCAGUAAGCUUUUCUGCCAAGAGCGACACAGACAUUUGUCAUAAAGUAUUGAAUAAAAAAGAAUGUCAUAUUCUAUCAACAGCACAUUGAAUUAAGCAAUAGCCAAACUAGGAGGCACCAUUCAUUCUGUACAACAAUAGCAGAAUCCAGUAGUAUUUUACUGGGGCAUCACAUGCCUUCAAGAUUUAGCUUUUCUAAACUGCUCGGAUUAAUUAGUUUGCAUAGACUAUUCCAAGGUCGGUUAAAGAUGAAAUAUAGGCAGGAUUAACUACUUUGCACUCACUUCAGAGACAUUAUUUAUAGCAUGCAAUUAUAUCCUUUUCCUCCCAGGCACAUGUCAGAGAAAAACACAUCUUGUCAUGCUUUGGCAUUAUCUCUCAUUUUCCAUUACAGUAACCAGGUGGAGAUGCUUUUUAUUCUGUGCCAGCAACAUUGCAUAUCCAGAACAAUCUUUCUUCCCCCCACCCAAACUUUUAAAAAUGAUUUCUCUGCUCAAAGGCAUUUUUCUUGUAGCAAUAUAGUCCUCUAACAUAUGCUACCCUUCUAUUGAAUAUUCUACUCAUCUGUGCUUGACAAUGAAAUGCAAUGUGUUGUAGAAAAACUUGUUUUCCAAGUCUUGCUGGCAAAGGCAACUCAGCAGAGUGACAGCAGUUAUUCAGUCAUAGAUUCCUCAUUUAUGCACUGGUCUAUUUAUUCAUCUACUUGAGAAGCUGUUAGCCCACUUUUCUUCAUAAAGUCUGAAAAGUGGCUUCCAAUAAAAAGUACCGUAUUUUUCUGUGUAUAAGAUUAGGUUCCCCCCCCAAAAAAUGUCAAAAAUUAGGGGGCGUCUUAUGCAUGGAUGCAUCUCCCCCAUUUUCUUAAAUCUGGGUUCCCCCAAAUAGGAGGCGUCUUAUAGACGGAAAAAUACGGUAAGAAUGGGGUCUUCAAGUGUUCCAUGUGGAUUCUUGAAAAACCCUUGAGAAAAUCAAGCCCACAAGAAUUUGAAUUAUCAUGUUUACCUGUGUCAGAAAUAGGCCGUAACAGUUUGUAGUACUUUGUUUGAACCAGGACAAGGAAAGGUCAGAUUAUAAGGAUGACAUCAAUGGUUUUUUGCCCUAGAAAAAAGUGCAGUGUACAGAGCUUCAGAAGCUUAGUAAUUGUUAGCAAAACAGUCAUUCUGAAAUUCCCUGAAAAUAUCCAUUCCUAUUUAUCUGAAGAUUUAUAAUUUGCCUUUUGUUUCAAAUGAGUUCUCAGGCAUCCCUCAAAAGACAAAGAAUAACAUUGCAAUGAAAGAAAGAAAAGACAACCUUUAUUAAAUCAAAGUACCCAAACAUAAUAAGGUACCUGAGAGUAAAGAUAGAGAUUUUAGGCAAGUUUAGAAUAGGGGUGUGUCCAAUAGUGUUGUUUGUCUGGUGGUAAGGCUUCUGUCAACAGAACAUGAUGGUAAACAAUUUUUGGCAAUUAAUUCUCCCUGCUGCAGCCCCUGCCCCACCCUAAAUCUGUUCUGGGUGGGUAGGUGAGGAAAUAGCUGAAAAUGACUUUCUUCCCCAUUUUGCUAAUGGAAGCUACACCAUCAGCUGAGCAACACUUGUUGAUACAACCAGUAUGAUUUAAGUGCACAAUUAACUGCUGAGGUCUCAGGUAUUUACUUACUUACUUACUUACUUAUUUACAUUGGUGUGUGGCAUUUUCUGUAUUGCAUGGACUAUGUUUUAUUGUCCAAUUGCAAUAUUUUAUUGUCCAGUUGCAGUUCCCAAACUGCAAGGAAAUAUGGCUGCACAACCACAAUGUAUUAUGUAGGAUUUUGCCAUCUGUGUGAAUUUUUUUUAUAUAUCGGGAAGAAGGGAGUCAGCUAAUACACUGCUAUUUGCCUCAUUACAGCUAAAGAGCGAGAGGAUUGGGCUGCCAAUUCCUGUGAUUACUGGAUUUUUGAAGAAUGAAGACUGCUAAGCUCUGGUUCAUGACAGAUAAGCUCUGAUUUAUGAUACAUUCACAGGUAUACACCAAAUAUGAAAGAGCAAAGUAGAAGAAAACAUUAAUCAUUGCAGCAAAUUAGGUUCUAGCAGUGCCUGCCAAGUUCUGAUCCAUUCAGCUGACAUGCUGCAAAAGGUUGAGUGUCAAAACACUCCCUAUGUUGUUAAAAUGGAUUAACUUUGGGCAGCUGUAUUGCCAUCAGUUGUACACUUCUUUUUAAUUAGCAGAUCUACAGCAGUGUUGAAAUGAUGUGCCCAUUUUCUCUUCACUGUUGCCAGACACUUUUGAGUUGAAAGCAGUGCCAGCUUUCUGCAUGUGCCUGUUUUCCUCCUUCCUUCCUUUUACAAAACUGUUUUUAGUCCUCAUUUGAGUGGAUAAAUGGGUGUUUGGCAAUGUAUCCUUGGAGAUUUAUGUCAUGGUUCCAAACACUGGUGCCUAUGUACCAGACUGCAGAAUCAUACGUGGGUCUGCCUCACAUUACAGUAACCCUCUGAAGAAGGGUGAGAAAUAUUAAGUUCCCCAUUGACAAUCUCUGCGCUACAUCACAAGCUGUACUGAUAAAUUAGUGAGUCCGUCACAAGUACAGACACAGCCUUUAACAAUUUGUUCCAGUUUGUGCUCCUCACAAGAAUAAUAUCCAGAAAUAAAUCAUUUGAAGGGGCAUAUCAUCUGAACUAGUUAUUUCGGCCAGCCUUUCCCAGAACUGCAGCCAUUUCAAAGCAUACUGCUGUGCAAAUGGCUACUUAAGAGCUAAACUAGAUCUGAUAUUAAAUGCAUCCUUGCAUUUAACCUACUGUUUGUUUUAAAAAUAUUAUUUAUUAAAUUUAUUAGUUGCUUUAUCUUGUCCAAGGCAACCCAGAGUGUCUUACAAACCAACCAACCAAGAUCCACACAGAUACAUUAAAACCAAGUGAGGGAAAAUGCACUGAAUGCAGCCCAUCCACUUCUAAAUGCCACGGAUAGUUAAAGGCCAUAAAGCUGGACCAUAAAGAAGGCUGAUCGCCGAAGAAUUGAUGCUUUUGAAUUAUGGUGCUGGAGGAGACUCUUGAGAGUCCCAUGGACUGCAAGAAGAUCAAACACAUCCAUUCUUAAGGAAAUUAGCCCUGAGUGCUCACUGGAAGGACAGAUCGUGAAGCUGAGGCUCCAAUACUCUGGCCACCUCAUGAGAAGAGAAGACUCCCUGGAAAUGACCCUGAUGUUGGGAAAGAUGGAGGGCACAAGGAGAAGGGGACGACAGAGGACAAGAUGGUUGGACAGUGUUCUCGAAGCUACAAACAUGAGUCUGACCAAACUGCGGGAGGCAGUGGAAGACAGAAGUGCCUGGCGUGCUCUGGUCCAUAGGGUCACGAAGAGUCGGACACAAGUAAACGAUAAAAUAACAAGUUAAAGGCCAAAGGCCUGGUUGUAGACAAAAGUUUCUGCCUGGCACCUUGAUAUAUAAUAAUGGUGCCAAGUGAACCUCCCCUGGGGAGAGUGUUCCACAAACAGGGAGCCGCUGGAGAAAAAGCCCAUUCUCAUGUUGCCACCCUCUGGACCUCAUGUGGAGAAGGCACACGAAGAUGGGCCUCAGGUGAUGGUUGCAGGGUCUGGGGUUGGUUCAUGUGGGGAGAAGGCAAUCCUUGAGGUACUGCCAUCCUGAGCCAUUUAAGGCUUUAUAGGUCAAAACCAGCACUUUGAACUGGGCUCAGAAACUAAUUGGCAGCCAGUGCAGUCGGCCAGGAUUGGUGUUAUAUGCUCAAAUCAUCUUGUCCCGGUGAACAACCUGGCUACUGAAUUAUGCACCAACUGAAGUUUCCGAACCUUCUUCAGUGGCAGCCCCAUGUAUAACACAUUGCAGUAAUCUAAUAUUUAAAUUAUAUUAACUAGGUGGGGGGUGCCAGCAGGGGAUUUCCUCCCAAGGCAAAUACUAGCAUCAUUGGAGGGAUUUUUGGCAGGACUGCAGCAGGGAAGAAAUUAUUACAUUCCCUCUCCAUACACACCUGCUCCUAUUUGCAUUUUAAAAACAAAACAAAAUCCUAGGCAUUAAAUGCAAAGAUGUAUUUUAUUUCACAUCUACUUUGGCUCUUACUUCUGGUGUUUCCUAUGGUGCUUUCUUCACACAAUUGUAGGUUCACAUGUGCCUAAGACAAUCAUGUGGAGGGAAAGAGGCAAUAGAAUUGACCAAAUGUAGAAGAUCUUAUACAGUUGAGACACAUACACAACACUGUUGGUAGGCAAAGCAAUUUAAGGAGACAAAAGCAGGAUUUCAAGCAUACCUUCUAAUCAUUAGUAAUCCUGCCCAACAGCUUUGUUUGAGCUCAUCUAGCUUGAAGCCCUAGGGACACAGGUGGCGCUGUGGGUUAAACCACAGAGUCUAGGACUUGCUGAUCAGAAGGUCAGCGGUUCGAAUCCCCUUGAUGGGGUGAGCUCCUGUUGCUCGGUCCCUGCUCCUGCCCACCUAGCAGUUCGAAAGCAUGUCAAAGUGCAAGUAGAUAAAUAGGUAUCGCUCCGGUGGGAAGGUAAACGGUGUUUCUGUGCUCUGGUUUGCCAGAAGCGGCUUAGUCAUGCUGGCCACAUGACCCGGAAGCUGUACACCGGCUCCCUCUGCCAAUAAAGCGAGAUGAGCGCCGCAACCCCAGAGUGAGUCGGCCACAACUGGACCUAAUGGUCAGGGGUCCCUUUACCUUUAGCUUGAAGCCCGCCCUGAGAAGCAGACAGUGCCAACCAAAUUGUACAGCAUAGCUGUUGGGCAGGACUUCCGUGGAUUAGAGGGUAUGUUUGAAAUCCUGUAUCCUAGAGGCUUUGUCUACCAAUUGUACCCUCUCCCUGUGGUUUAUCCAGUCCUCCUUCCAGUCCUUGACAUACUAUUCAGAAUUCUGCAGAACACCGAAUACCACAUUCAGAAUAACCUGCGCAAAUUGAUUAAACAGAUGCCCUCUGUUAUCUUGUUAUAAUGCAGUCUACACGAAUGAUUUGAGGUACAUUAGUCUGGGAAGCCAAAAAGAAAAAGCUUAGCAUGCACCAUUCCUAAAAAUCUUUAAAUUAUUGUAAUCCAAUAUCUGUCCCUCUUCCUCCUUUCUACCACUAUCACUGUGGAAAUUAGAAAAGAAUCCAGAUCACAGUAUUUAUGAUUAAAGAACUGCAGCCUUGUUAUUAUCUUUCUAUGCAUUUACAUGUGACAUGUGUUUUUUUAACAAGGCAAAUGGUUAUAAAUUAAUCGUAACCCUCCAGACAAGCAUCAUUUGUAAGAUGGAGUAACACAUUAAUUUCUCUUGCUCUUUUGCUGCAUCUUGCAGCUUUGACCUGAAUGAGAACUUCUUUAUCUCCUUCCAGCAGCAUUCUGAUGCCUUCUUCUCAGUUCAUGAAGUUAUAGGGAAGAGAUGCAGAAAGAGCUUGAGUGGAGUAAUUGACUGCAGUUCCUUUUAAAGAAUGAUGAAACUAUAGUCUGCAAUAGCGACAAAGACAUUUCCUUGUUAUUUUUUCUUCCCCAAAGGCCUUGAGAUGAAAAUGUUGCAUUCUAUCUCUCUGUAGCUUUAUGAUCUUGAGUUUCUAGUAAUGAAUAUAUUAUCUUCAAUUUCAAUUGUGUAUGCCUCUUAACAAAAGUAAAUUCCCACAAAUGUUCCAAAAGCAAUUUAUAACCCAUUGGCCAAGUGAAUGUUGCAUAUCAAAGCUGGUCAUUAAAUAAAUGUCAAACAAAAUUAUCUCGCAUAUCUUGGGGACUUAAGAAACCAGUGAAGGUCAAAUGAAGUUCCCCUGGCAUUUUCAUGCAGCGGUUUUUAUAAUGAGAUAACUCUCUUCUAAUAUAUUGCAUUGGUUUUAUAUCAUGUAUUUAAUAUAAACAACUCAUUUAUUUCAGUUUGCUGUAAAAAUGAAUGCCUUUGGUUCAGGUAGUUGUUCCCCAGUGAUUGAUCCUAUAAUUCUUUGCAAAACAAUGACUAUAUUUUUUAUCUUCUCCUCUACAUCAAAGACACUGUUCUUCCCUGCACUGCUGAAUACCCAAUAUUGUGAGACUUCAGACAGAUCACUGGGGAACAAUUUUUUUUCCCAUUUUCUGUUGCAUGAGAUUUUUCAGCUGUUCUUAUAUGUUCUUUCAAUGCUGAUUUCAAAUCUGAAAUCGAUUUCUGCGUACAUGCUAAUAGUUAUCUUUCAAUUUCCGACUUUUGCCAAUAUGUCAUAUUUACACUGGGGAUAAGUGGACACUGACACGUUGAUCUACCCUAACCACAUGGUAAUUAUUGUUUUACAAACUUAAUUUUUCUUUACAGUGGUACCUCGGGAUGCAAACGGGAUCUGUUCCGGAGUCCUGUUCGCAUCCCGAACGGAACACAAGACACGACAGCACGUCUGCGCAUGCGCGGGUCGUGUUUCGCCGCUACCAUGCAUGCACGUGAUGUCAUUUUGCGCAUCUGCGCAUGCGCAAGCAGCAAAACCCGGAAGUAACACACUCCGUUACUUCCAGUUUGCCACGGAGCGCAACUCGAACGCGCUCAACCCGAAGUGCAUUCAACUCGAGGUAUGACUGUAUUUUUAUAGUUUUGUAACCUAAAUAUUUGUAUUUUUCAGAUUCCCUUCCAAUUAACUCCAGUGGGAGGGAACAAGAUAAACUAUUGAUCACUUUCCCCAGCCCUCACUUCUCAUGGCACUUUUCUUGAGUUGUCCCAUUCCUUUCCCAAGCAGAGAAGGGUCAGGAUGUGAUGUGGAGCUACUGCCAGAUGACCCAGGGCAGACUUUUUGAAUUGGAGGAUUCCUAGACAUAAAUUGUGCAUCCUGACUGCACAGCCUUAGUAAACUAGCAUAUGUUUACACUGCAAUAGCACACACAAAAGCAAAAUUUUGCACCUUUUGUAGGACACUGUUUGAUUCUAUAGGUUGUGUAGUAUAAAAGCAAUAAAUAUCAAGAGAAAGAAACAGGAUGCAGUGAAUUCCUCUGUAAAUAAAUUCAGUUUUGAGAGCCAUCUUGUUUAAUGACACCCGGGAACUGCUCAAUAUAUGUUCAUAUACAGCCCUCUGCUGGACAGCAUUUGUUACAAUGUAAGUUAAACCAGAAUUCUAUUUUUAAAACCUUUACAAUAGAACCCUUGUUGUCCCAGGAUCUGUAAUUUGUCCCAAAUAUCUGGGUAUGUGUGUACAAGUAUAAAGUAGUAGAGCAUUGAGCAAAAGUAUUCUGAUACUUGAUCUCUACAUAAGAGAAGUUUUAGUGCAGUGCUAAUGCAGAAAUCACAGGAUAUAUAUUAUUAUUUAACAUUGUUGGGCUUGAAAACGGUCUCCAUAUAUUUUUGCAUCUGUUUCUGUUUUAGAUAAUUUUUGUUGUUUCAUCCUAAAUGUUCCAGGCCACAGUCUCUCUCAUCAUUUGUAAUACAGUCAAAUUCUUAAAGGUUUUCACUGUCAAUGUAUAUACAUCUCAAUCACAAACUUGUGCAAGAGUUUAUAUCUCACUUUCAGUAAGCAAAACCCUUGAUGAUUCUUACAAUACUAAUUUCCUAGUAUUUGUACAAGAUUGUACUAUACCUAUUUGUAGGCAGAAAUCUAAGUUAACAUGAAGCCUGCCCUGCAACAUAAAUCCUGGCCACACCCAUGCUCAAAACACUCAAUGAUUAUCAGCUAAGGUGGGAACUGAACCAUGACCAUUGUAGCUCUCCACAACCCAUGUUACCAAAUAAGUCUAUUUGCCAAUUCUUCUAGCAUGACCUUUUGUGAUUCUGUUUCAAGUAUUUAAGUACAGUAGUGCAUAUUAAGUACUGGUUUCUUCCUACAGUUUGCUUGUCACUAGGAAAAUAUAAAGUGCUUGCAAGAUAACCUGCUAUGAUGCCUUCCUAAAAUGAAAUACAGUACAGUAUGAAGUAAAAGAAUGGAAUGCUCCACCUCAUUUGACCAGUUCAGUCAUAUAAGCACAAAUCAAAUUAUAUUUCCAUUCGUUAGCAAUAGAUGACGAGAGCAGACCCCCCCCAAAAAAUGUAGGUCUCCUAUUUGAGAUGGUAGAUGAAGAUCUGUUAUAAUCUUUUGCAAUGUUAAAGAUUAAUGUAUUAUAAGAAGACAGAAAAAUGGCUAUACAUCUAUAACGGCCGUAAGCAAGGCAAUCUAAUAUAACUGGGGAAACUAAUGUGCUAUCACUGGAGGAUUGGAUAUCAAAGGUUUGGGAAGCAGAUCAAAUGAUAAGAUUAACUAGCAUUGUCAGGGUAUGGGAAGAAAGGCAACGUCAUAACCAUUUUAUUGAAAAAUUGAGUGCUUUUUCAUGUAUUGAAACAAGGCGCAUUUUUAAUUUUUUUAAUUGAAGCUGUCGUUCAAGAGACCCAUUUGUGGAAAGCUGGCAGAAUCCGCAUUGACUUCGCAGGAGCGCGACGCUACGGAAUCAGACCCGCCCCUGGGAAGAACACCCUCUCUUCGCGCAAGCGCCCUUCGCGGAGACUCCGCCCUUCGCAGUUGUUUGGGUGCAGCGGCGUUCCUUACCUCCGCUAACGUCACGGCCUUGAGUCCCUGCAGGUCCUGCGGGGCGACAUGGCUGCCCAGAAGAUCAACGAAGGCUUGGAGCACAUCGCUAAAGCGGAGAAAUAGUGAGCGAGGGGAGAGGGCGAAGGAAGCCGGCGAGGGACAAGGGAAGCCGGCUUGCCAGCCCUUGGGGAACAGGCGGGCCAGUGGGGAGGCUUUACCCGGGGGCUGUGGCUGACUGCGCACCUCCAGCUCCCCAUGGAGCAGUGCCGGGAGACGGGGCGGUUUCCCCCGGGGAGGAGCUGUGGGCGGAGGGAGCCCCUCUCGGACCCGCGCUCGUCUCUUGAGAGCAACUCCAGGCGGCUCUGCCUUGAGCUCCCCCGCCAGGAAAGAGGGGGGCGGUUUCUUGUUUUGGGUUUUGCGCUUAUGCGCAGACAACAACACUUUGCAUCCCUCAGGCAUACCCUCGUCAUCAGUGCGUCGUCCCCUUAAUGGGGCUUGCUUGACCCAGGAUGUUCAAGCCCUGAAGUAUUGCGUACUUCCUUUCUCUCCCCCACCCCAACCUCUGUGGACUCUACCUUAAAACAAAGUCGCGUCACUGGGCCACCCGACCUGUACUGGUUGCAGUACUUAGGUAGAGGUCAUCACCACUCUUCCUAGAUCCUGUUACGCUAUGUCAGAGAUUGAAACUAGAGGCAUGUGCUGUGGCACCAGUAAGCUGCAAAGCUCAUGCAUGUCCUCCCCUAACUCAGCUAUGUUUGAACCAGAUAAAUCUCUUUUUCUUUGUAGAAUUAAAAAGGUUUGACUGUAAGACCUGAUACCUGGUCACCAUUUUGACACAUCUAGUGAAAUUACUAGCCAGUAGGCAAUCGCUGGUAUGACAGUUGCAGCAUCAAAUUCCUUAAUGAUGUAGCAUAUCGUUGUUAUUACUAUUUGUAAGAAAAGUAAGCAGUUUACAAUAAAGAGGUUUUUUUUUAAUAAAAUGAAUUGUUAUUAAUUUCUUGGCUUAUUCUACAUUUCAGUUUGAAAACUGGAUUAUUAAAAUGGAAGCCAGACUAUGAUAGUGCAGCAACUGAAUAUUCAAAAGCAGGUAUGUUCUGUAAAAUGUUGGCAGUUCGUUUUUGCAACCUUAAAUAUGUUUCAUAUGUUCCCUGGCAAAGCUAACUUCUAUUGGCAGUUAAAGCAGUUUGUGGAUUAACUUGUUGAAAUUCCUCUAACCCACAGUGCUGUUUUCUUGCAGCAGUAGCUAACUGACUACCUGUCAUUGUUCUGCAUUUCUGAAUAAAUACAUAGGGUAAAAAUAGACAGGCGAUAUAUUCGGGGGUUUGUUUGAAAUGCUAGACUGGUUUAAUUUAUAAAGGCUUUUCAGGAGCAAAACACUUCAGAAUAUCUAGGAAAAAGUAUAUUUCUACAUUCAUGGGAGCCAUCAUUUCUGGGGGACCCAGACAAGGGAAAAAAACCCCAGCAGUCAUUAUAUUAAGAAAACCAGAGGUUACCUUAGACUAUUGAUGGAUGUCAGGUUGCACAGUAUUUCCUAGUGGCUAGAGGUUGGAGUGUUGUCUAAUCUUCUUAGGCCAAAGUAUGUCUCUUGCAGCCUAAUGCUAUGCCUAUUUACUUGGAAGUAAGCCCUGCAGUGUGAAAUGAAGCUUAAUUUCAAGUAUGUGUGCAUAAAGAUUGUAGCCAUAACAUUGUGAAAGCCUUUGAUGCUAAAAUGUGAUUUUCUUUAAGAUUCAUAUCAUUAUUCAGGAUUACUACAAAUAAUAAAAAGUAAUUCACAUUUCUUUAAAAUUGCAAGAAAUGUAUGGCAUUAAUUGAUUUAUGAAUGUGAUAAUAAACUUGACAGGAUCUGGGCAGAAAUCACUUUGCUGAAGUAAAAAUCCAAAUUGUCUCUUAAAAGUUCCCUUCUAAAUAUGAUUUCUGAGGUGUAGUAAAUGGAUAUUACUAUGUACAUGCAAACACAUGCGAAUAUAUUUUAAUUUCUAUUUCUUUUCAGCUGUUGCUUUUAAAAAUGCCAAACAAUAUGAUCAGGCAAAAGAAGCCUAUUAUAAAGAAGCUCUCUGCCAGGAAAACAAUAAAGCGUAUCCUUUCAUUAAUUCUUGCUUUGCUUAAGGGUUUGAAAACAUGACUAUUGGACUGUUACUCCUUUUUUUUAUUCCAAACGUUUAGUGAAAUACUGAUGUAAUGUGUUCUAUCAUAUUUAGGGGAGGAAAUUCAAGAAGUUUCUCUGUUUACCACAUGACUCAUGACCACAGCUCUUGACGAGUGCUUCUUGAGACACUAGCUUUUGCAUCUCCAUUGGAUCUUUUGUCUUUUUCAAUCAAAAGUUUGAGCUAGAAAAGCUGCUUGUCACGAUGCAGAAGGGUCUGUUGCUCCACAACCAAAAGUAGUAGUUUUGAAAUGAUCUGGAUUGUUUUGUCUUUGUGGAAUUAUUUGGUCCAUAUAUGAAUGUUAACUUGUACCAAUAGCAUUCAAGUAUCUACCCUCUUUAAAAACAGUUCAAGAUUGAAUAUAGUAUUUAUUUCAGGAAGACAUGGUAUAAUUUGUAUCCUUGACUUAAAAUGAUUUAUUUCCAGUCUCUUCCAUGCUGCAAAGUAAGUAUGAAUGCAGUUUUAAUUUGUUGAGAGCUCUUCAGUAUAUGGAAAAUCUAAUUGAGGUUGACACUCAUCAAAAUAUAAUUCAGCAAUUCAGUGCACAGGAAGCUGGGACAAAGGAAGCUGAAAUAAGUUAAGCCAGUGUAUAGUUGCACCAGAGCCAAAGCCCAUUCAGCAGUGAGGCAGUUGCUCUGCCUAAGCCUGGGCAAACAAAAUUAAGAUUCAAGGCAAAACCUGUUUCUGGAGCAGUUACAAAGCAAAUAAUCAAAAAGUGCAGGUUUUUUUUUAAUACUCCCCCCCCCCCCCAAAUCCUAAUUGCCACAUCCUAAUCAGCACAUAUUCAAGUAUAAGCUGACUUUUUCAGCACAUUUUUUAUGCUGAAAAGGCCCCCCUCUGCUUAUACUCGAGUGAGGUGGGCAGCGGCAACAGAGGGACGAGCGACCUGAAAGGAGCCCUUUCUUGCUGCUGGUCCCACCGCUGCUGCCCGCCUCUCGCAACGGCAGGCACAGGAGCCGCAGUUGGGAGAGGCGCUGCGCUGCCCUGUGCCUCUCCCAUCCGUGGGUCCCAUGCCUACUCUUGCAAGCGGCAGAGGCAGCAGUGGAGGGAUGAGCGGCCUGAAAGGAGCCCUUUCGGGCUGCUCCUCCACCACCUUUGCCGCUGUCGGCAGUGGCAGAGGAGGAAUCUUUCGGAGUGCUUGUUCUUCCUCCGCCGCUACCGCCACCACCAGGUUUGUGGUGUGGUGAACCGGCUUAUACUCAAGUCAAUAAGUUUUCCCAGUUUUUUGUGCUAAAAUUAGGUGCCUUGGCUUAUAUUUGGGUCGGCUUAUACUCGAGUAUAUACGGUACCUUGUGAGUUUUCUCGCAUAUUACAAAAUUAGGUAGCAAUAAGAGAUGUACGGUUAUGCAUCUACUUUAUAUUUUACUCUUUUAAAAAAAGGGACUUACUUUUUGGACAGCCAGUGAGCUCCCCACACAUCAUCUCAUGGGAGAGAGCUAUAAAUUCCCAUUUCAAGCCAAAUCAUGGAGCAAAAAUCAAGGCACAUGUAAUUUAGAUGUCUGGUUCUGUGCUGCAUAUUGCAGCAGAAUGAAUAAGCUCCAAGAUGCCUACAUCUUAGGAUUGUCUGUCCUAUAUUCUUUGGUAUGAUUCACUUUAAAUUCAUUCACUUUCAGCACUGAUUUAAUUUUGCUUUGCUUUUCAGAGCUUAUGAACAAGUUGGCAUGAUGUUAAAGGUAUGGCCAUUUCCAGCCAAACUAUCUAUAUUUGAUUUGGUUACAACUAAUUAUUGGGUGUUUGUCCUGUGCAAUGCUAAUCCUGUAGUUUGAUAAACUCGUUGGGUUUUUUUGUGGGGGGUUUUUUUUUUUUGAGAUUUUGAGUAGAUUUUGCCAGGUUGCUAGGUCACAUGACCAAGCUGAAAUGGGUUUGGAAUAAGUUUAGAUAGUUUCUUUCCCUGCACCUGGCUCUCCUUUUUCGGUACUUAUACCAGUGCAACUGAGCCAGGGUAGCAAGCCCAAGGUCUUCCAAAUCCAAACUAUUUCAUUCUGGUGGCUCUUGGGUUUCAAUUGUGCUGCUUGUAUGAUCCAUUUAUCAGCGAAGCCAGUACUUGUGAUCUCAAUCAGUACUACUUAAUUGUCUUAAAUUCAAGGACUCCUAACAUCUUAAUUGCCCUGUUUACUUCAAAGUAAUGUUAAUAGUAAUAUUAAUAGGAAGGUGGUUCCUGGUAAGGAAUUUCAACCUUUGUUGACUUGAAAGUCAGCUAAUCUGUAUUUAAAAGCUGUAUCUUUUCAGCAUGAAGAAAUUUACACUUUUUGGUUAGGAUAAAAGUGAGGGAAGGAUAUUUAGCUAACCCAUUAAAUAAACCUUUUCCAGGUGAUUCUCACACGCAUAGCCAAUGCUUGAACCAUCACAGAUCAACAACAUAGGAAGUUUUCAUAUUGCCUCAAAUGCAGUUCAUCUUCGUGAAAUACAUACAUUUAGAUUUAAAUCAUAAAGUGUUGAAAUAAAAUUGUAUAAAUGGGUGUUUGCAGUUGCCCCUAGUCAUUCACUCUUUGCAAACUGUACGAUUCUUGCAGGAAUUCCUUUGCCUUUUUAAUGUUUCCAUCUACUAAAGAUUGUUGUACUGAUUUUUAUCAAAGGGUUUAACAAAACUUUUAAUAGUUUCAAAUAUGCAAUGAUGUGAUAAAACUAAAUGAAAGUAUUAGAUAGACCUUGAUUUGCCGUUUUUCCUGACAAACGUGAAUCUCUUUCUUUCUCCUUUAGGAGAUGAAACAACAUCAUGAUGCAGUGGAAAUGAUUCAGAGAGCCAGCAUGAUGUACCUGGAGAAUGGAACACCUGACACAGCAGCUAUAGCCCUGGAUCGGGCUGGGAAGUAAGUCUGCAAACUCAAAGCAUUGGUUUCUUUUCUGGAAAAGAAGUUUGAUUUAUCUAGUUUGCUUUUUUUUAAAAAAAAGCCAUCAAGCUAAAUAAUAAUGUUGACUUUUUAUUUCAGAGUAAUAGAAAAUAUAAAUCCAGACAAGGCUAUACAACUUUAUCAGCAGACAGCAGCAGUGUUUGAAGUAAGUCGCCUGAAACCAAUAUAGUAUGUUCCCCAGGAAAUGUGUUGAGAAUGGCAGAGAAUAAAAUUUAAAAGGUGAACAGCAGUCAAGUCCUAUUGCAAAAGAGUGAAACUUCAGAUGUGCUUAUUAAAUGUCUUCUUGUCUCUGGUCUUUCUGACAGCACUGCUGAAUUCUUUUUUUGCAUGAGUCUUACUACUUUCAUCAGCAAAUGUCAUUUGCUUUGUAUAGUAUAUACGCCAUAAGAGUAGAUAACAAAGCCUAAAUGGGGCUAGAAAAUUGGGGCCAAGCUUGGCAAGCACGUAAACAGGCAAGCUAUCUGUCUUCACCUUCUCAACUCACGACAAACAGUUUUUAAAAUGCAAUGUUUACCUUGCAGGGCCUACAUUUAUUCCUUUAAAUGCUGCAACUUUUCUGGAAUUUCAUGUUCCAGUUAAGCUUACUCAGAGAGGUUUGGGUCACCCAGCUGAUAGAGCUGUGUAUUAAGGCAAGUAAACUGGAGAGAAUUUUACCUGACAAAUCAUUAAUGUUCUUAUAUGAUUUUGGUUUCUUAUCUAGAAUGAAGAACGUUUACGACAAGCAGUUGAAAUGUAUGGAAAAGCUUCAAGGCUUUUAGUCAGAGGUCGUAGGUGGGCAUCCUAACUUUUGUAUUCCUUUUUUAAAAUGAAACCAUUCUCAUGGCACUGCCAGCUGAUGAAGCUAUUGCAUAAAUUCACAGUUGAUCAUUAAAUUAUUGCAUGAUAUCUAGAUGACAUUCAUCCAUGUUGGGGUGGGGGAAUUACAAUUUCCUAGCUUGCAAACUUUUAAAUUAUCUUCUUGGGAAAUAGAUUCUUCCUGUAGAAUGGCAUCUACUAUAACUGACUUUCAAAUGAAACGCAUAUUUCAUUUAAGAAUUAAAAUGUUGUGGGCAUCUAUUGGCUGGUAACUGCAAAGUCACUGAAGCCAAAGGAGACAAACUCAUUCCUUUCGUGUCCACUUACCAUUCUUUAAAAAAAAUACAACAAACAUUGAAAAUGGGCAAAGCUAUCCCUAUCUCAGUAAUGUUUCAUUUAGCUCAGUUGCUAGAAUGUGAGAAUCUUAAUCUCAAGAUUGAGGGUUUGAGUCCCAUGUUGGGCAGAAAGAUUCCUGCAUUGCAGGAGUUUGGACUAGAGGACCCUCAUGGUCCCUUCCAACUCUACAAUUCUAAUAUUCUACUGCCUUUUCUUUAGAGCUGUAUAUGCUCAUUGAAUCCCAUCUCCCCAGCAGCAAAAUUAGUCUGGGUUCGGGAGAUAAAGGUCAUUCUCAUUGGCACUCAAUUAGGGCUAGCACCACUAAAACAUACAGAUCAUAAUCAUUUCUUCCUGUACAUCUGUAAUGGUGUCAGCCAUACAUUCCAUAUCCCAGUGCUCAUGUGGCUGUAUUAGACACAGUCAUCCAAAUGCAUUGCAGGUAGUAUAAACCUGCCCAGGCUUUUCACCAUUUCCUUAUACUCCAGCAUGUGUUUUGUAAGGAAGUGGUUCCUUCAGCUUUACGUUCAGUAUGGGCUCACUGUAACCGCACAUGAGCUCAUGUCUUGCUUGGGUGUUGAGCUGCCUUUUUGGAAAAUGGACAGUUAAGGAGUGAUUUUCUCUCCUGAUUCCUGCUGCUCCUUUCUUUAAAUGUACCAAUCCUUCUCAUUGUCUUUCAGACUAGAUGAGGCUGCAGUAUCUAUUCAGAAGGAAAAGAGUCUUUAUAAAGAUAUUGAAAACUAUCCAACUUGUUACAAGGUAUAAAGCCAGGUGGUCUCUUUAUCUGUUUCUGAAAAGAUGCUCUCUCUUUUUUUUUUUUUAAUUACUCUAAUUUGUAAGCUCACAUCUAAUUGAACAGCGUUAGAUGUAUUCCUCACUAGAAAUCAUACACACACUAAUCUCUAGUCUUAAAACAGUUGGAAAUGUUAAAAUUGGUUCAUGUUUUUGUUUUUUGUUUUAAAGUACUUUAAAAAAACAACAACCAUCAAACUUGGAAGCUGAUUUUUAAAAAAAUAUUGGCCUGCUCUAUAUUUUAUGUAGUAUUAUAAUUGUAAAAUCUGACAUCUUUGAAAAUCCUGAAUAUCUAUGGAUUGGGUGGAGUAAGUCUUAUUUUACCCUGCAUAACUUUUGUGCCAUGCCUUGGUUAUUUAAUUCGCUUGUGUGUGAGACUAGCAGAGUCUGUUGUUAGGUGCUAGCAGGGUUUCAGGUUCAGCUUUCACGGGACCCUGUUUAUUUUAAGCUACAAGCAUCUUCCGUGUACUGAUGUGAUCAUUGUGUUCAAUGCUUGCUGAUGAAUGUAUGAGGAGUACCUUCAAAAUUACAUCCUUAGUUUGGUGAAGAAGAGGCAAAGUAGCCUAAUGCCCAAAGUACAUAAUCUGUAAUGAUCCAAGUACUCUUAAAUAGCAAAAGGCGUAUUUAUUUUAUGUCUUUCUAUAAUUGAAACAGUUAUGGAGAGUUAUUUAAUGCUAAACUUUGCUCAGAAAAUAGCAGGCCAAACAUCUGUUGCCAAGAACCUGGUCAUUUUUCUGAAAGAAAAAAAUCACCCUUAAUUCUUCAAAGUACCUCUUUUUUUCUUUCCUUUUUUGAGAUGCUGACAUUUAUAUUUUUUCUAUUGAAUCCAUUAAACUGAGAAAUUAAUACUGCUUUGUUAUUAGAGAGUGAAUCAGUCAUUUUUUUUUCCUUUUAGAAAACUAUUGCUCAGGUCUUAGUUCAUCUUCACAGAAAUGACUAUGUUGCUGCAGAAAAAUGUGUCAGGGAAAGUUGUAGGUAAGUCAUCUGUUUGCCUGAUUUGUUUUUAAUUUUUAAAAGCAUAGUUGUGUUCUUCAUCAUCUUAUGCUCUGUAUUUCUGUUACUGGCAUAAGCGCUGAAUGCAGGGUUCGUUGGCACGUCCUCUUUUUGAGAAACGCUCCUUGCCUAUAAAAGAGUGACAAUAAAUUUGUUCCUUGUCUUAAUAUCAAAUUGUUACAUCUACAAAACUCAUUUGUUGGUUUAGAAAGUAAGCUGCUCAUUCAUUCAUUCAUUUGGUACUCUUAGGCAUUUGGGUCCCAAAGACUUUAUAUGAUAGUACUAACACAUUGAAUUUGGCUGGUAGCUGCCUGGUAGCCAGAGCAGAGCUUUCAGAACCAGGUGACACAAGAUUCCAUUGGGCUUGCCCCACUUACUAAUCUAGCAGCUUCAUUCUGCAUUAGCUGGCCCACUUCAAGAGCAUCCCUACAUAGAACCCAUUACGUUAGUCUAAGUGGGGCCAAGCUAUUCUGUUCCAGGAACAGCUAUAGCUAGCAAACUAGCCUACAAAAGGCCUAAGCACUCCUAGCCACAGGAACUACUUGAGAUCAACUCCUGCCAUUACAGGUGGAACACCUAGUUCUUAGAUAUGGGAACCUGCCCACCUACAGCAUUUCCUUCUUACUAGAAUUGAGCCUCAGUUUAUUAGCCGCCAUCCACGCCUUCUCGGCUUCAGUGUACCUCCAUAGCCUCUCUUGAUUCAGAUGGGAAUGGAGAAAUAAAGCUGUGUGCACCAUACAGAUGACACUAUGCUCUAAUUCCCAAAAUCCCAGUGGUUUAAUCAUAAUUAAAACUUGCGCAGAACGAUCAGAUAAAAGCAGUGUUAAAAUCAGUCAAUGCAUGCUGGUAUAUCUGGGUCUACAAAUGGUACAGUUGGCACUAAGCAAAUCUCCUUAGGGAGAACAUCUCAAAGAUAGGGUGCCACCCCCUAAAAGGCUGUUGUCUUGGUCACUUCCCAUCUAACUUCAGUUGGUGAGGGAAACCAGGGUAGGGCUUCUGAUUAAGAAUGCAGAAUCUAGGCAGGGUCAUAUUGUAGGAAGUGGUUGUUUAGGUACUUCUCAGGCCCUGAUUCUCACAUCUUCCAUUUUCUUGUUUGUACCUUAUAUGGAAAUUUAGUUUCUUUGCUUUGAGUGAAAUAAUUUAAAUAAUACUGCAAUUGCUUCAGCAUACCAGGCUUCAGUGAAAGUGAGGACUGUGCUGCAUUGGAGCAGCUCCUAGAGGGGUAUGAUCAGCAAGACCAGGACCAAGUAUCAGAUGUUUGCAAUUCACCACUCUUUAAAUACAUGGACAAUGAUGUAAGUUGGUGUCUCAGUUUAUUUUCUUAAGAAGAAUAUAUUAACUGAUUAUUUUGAUCCACAGGGUGUUUUGUACUGACAAAUAGUAAGUUGCAAUGCUAUGCAUAAAUGUGGCAUUUCCUGUGAUACACGAGUAUUCAAGUCACUGCCAAAGCUAAAGUCUGAAUGGGCUGUGGGUAGUAUCUUGUCACCUUGGUCAUACAACUUUUUUUUCAGAGGGCCUUUUCCUUCUAGAAAAAGAUUGGCUGUAACAUAGGUUUGUAAAUACUGAUUUCAAAUUGCAGAGAUGGGCUUUCCUUUACAUUGCUUGUGUUUUUAAUGACUUAAUGUCUUAUGAUUUUAUUAUUGCAAUUGUUAAUGGCUUUGUAGAUUAAAAAUUUGAGAUAAAAUAGUGAGAAAUAAUCACGGUGCCCUGGGACACAGAUGAAUGUGUCCACUGCUUUGUAUUCUGUUACCUUUCCUUAGAGUAGUAUUAGUGGGGUGCUGGCAUUUUCUAAUUAACCAUUCUGUUACUUUAUGAAAAUACUCAUAUUGACUGCAGAAGAGUAAGUUAAACAGGGCAUGUGUGCUCAACAUCUUGUUCUUGCCCUCUGCCAGUAUGCCAAGCUUGGCCUCUCAUUGGCUGUCCCAGGAGGAGGUGUGAAGAAGAAAUCCCCAGUUACUCCACAGGGCAAAGUGGGUGAACCAGGUGAAGGAGGUUCCCGUGGAAAUGAGGAAGAUGAUGAUUAUGCAAGUGGACUGCUGUAACUCCAGUACAACUCUACUCUUAAAUGUCAACCUAGCUGUUUCUGGCAGUGAGCAAUUCUGGAAGCUGCCGAAUUACCAUCACUUCAUUGCAAUCAGUAAAUUGGAAAUAUAACAAUUUGUCUGCUUCUGGGAAACUUGUACGGAAAGCAUGGUUGUACAUUUCGAAGUCUUCUUGAGUUACAGUCCUACAUUUUUUCAGUGCAUCUGCUUUAAUAAAGAAUUUUGAGUAUUACAGUCUUCCCUUCAAAAGGGGAAGUGGGUUUGGAUGAUGGCAUCUUCAGAUAAUUCUCUCUAGAUGUUUAGUUUCAGGGCCUAUUGCUUCAUGCUCUGAUAUUCCUUGGAGUUCAGGCAAAGGAGUGUUAAGCAUUUUUUUGAACAACACUCACUAAACAGUGUGGAACACCUUAAACUAUGUUGGAUAUCCCUUUUCCCAGAUGACCCUAAUAUUUUCUGAAACAUAAUGUAUAUAGAAGGUUUAUGGGCCAGUGUUGGGAAGGCAUAAUCAGUUCUUUAGAAGCAUAAAUAGUGAAAACUAGUUUUCUGAGUAACACAACACCUCUAUAGAUAAACUGGAAAAGAAAACUUGUUUUCUUUUGGAUAUCACAUACUUUAGUUAUGGAAUAGUUUUGCCCAUUUCUGGGCAAAAAAGGACCCCAUACUCAUUGGUAUGCAAAUAAUAUGCUUUUCAUAUUCAGAGAAUAUCUAACAUUAUGAACUUGCAGAUUUUCCAGGGAGAAGUAAUAUGCCACAGGAGAAGGAUCUUGAAAUGUGUUCAAUAACAUUCCUAGUAGCUUUCAGCUGUGUUGAUUGAACAUCAUGAACACGAUUCCCUGUUAAUCGCAUCCCUUGCCAUAGGGUAAUGUUUACUUUCACAGGUAAUUCAAAUACUGCUGUUUUGUCAAGUAUAGACUUGCACUAUUAUGUAUUGUGUGAGGAAAGGAACAUGACUGUAAAACACUGCUGUUUUUUGAGGUGUGUGUGUGGGGGGGGGAGAGACAGUAAAUUCUUAAAUCACAAAUUCAGACGUUUAUGGAGAGAUGUUUGUAACCCAGUGAGUAUAACAGUUUUGAACUAGGCCCACUUCCUAUUUUCACGGUACAUGGAAAUCUUCAGGGAUAUAAAACUGAAUUUGUGUGCAAUGAAAAAACAUUUUUACAAAGGAUUGCAAUGACACUUUCAGAAUUGAAAUUUGUGAAGUUGAGUGUAACUUAAAAUGCGUAAUGUCUAUAUUUUUUGACCUACUGACCUUUAUUUUAGCUGGCAAAAAUGUAAUGGAAACCCUAGUAUCUUUAUUAAAUGUUAAACAGUAAUCAGCACUUUCUGAUAAUAUGUGUUAGUGUUUGUUUCCCAAAGCACUGUGCACACUUCCUUUGACUAAGAGAGAAAAUGCAGCAAGGAGGAAGGUUUUGAGGAAUAAUGCCAACUUUUCAAGAGCCAAAGCAUGUGUUGGUUUGCAUGAAGAUGCUAAAAUGUAGUCCAAUACUAUGAAAGUAAAUAACUAUAAAUUAUUGAAUACUGCUCAUUUGUACACCCGGAUGUUGUGUAAACUGUGUUUUAUGCAAUGUGAAACCUGUACUUUAAUUGUAAUUCUGCCUGGCCUUUCCGUGGGAUGCAGUAGAGUAUAAAAAAUGUUGUAAUUCUCUACAAGAUCCAGCCUCCCUGAGACGAGGCUCUGUAAUUCAGCUGUAAAAAAAAAUCUUAAAACAAGAAGUUUCUGUGUGUGCUUUUAUGAUGAUUGUGAUCAGUUUGAUCCAUUGGGGUGCUGAAAUGUUAAUGGAACUGAAAAUAUCAAACCUCAGUGGUUGAGGUGAAAAACUAGUGUUACUCAAUGAACUGAGUUCAACU